AGUGAGGCUCGCGGCCGCCAGGGAGAGCCGUUCGGGCGCCGCCUGGAGCCGAGCGAGGCGCGGCUGGCUGGGCGCCUGGCUUUGCGCGCAACUGGUGGCGGGGUCCUCCUUCUCCUCCUGGUCCGGGCGGGGUGGUCACGCCCGGCGGUGGCGGCUCCUGCACAGUGCCGAGGCCGGCCAGGCGAAGUUGGGCAGCGGCGAGAAGGGGCGGCGUUGCUGCUGCUGCUGCUGCUCCCUCUUCCCAGUAUGCCGGCGUCUCCCCAGUUGCCUCGGCGGCGACGGCAAGCGGGCGGCCGGCAGCGGCAGCCGAAGAAGCGCGUGUGAGCGACCGGAGAGCUCCUCUCCACUCACAAGGAUGCUGGGGGGCGAUGCCUGGCGGCAGGGAGGACGAGAUUUGCCAGAAAGCGCUGAAGCUGCUGGUCGAGCUCUGCUCCGACGGGACGGUGGAGAACGACCGCUGCCUCGAGUUCAACUACUACCUGCGGGACAGCGGCAGACCCCGGCCCACAGACUCCGGUAAGCGCCGCGAUCCUGGGUGGUGGGGGGCCGGGAAGGAACUUCAGCGGGACGAGGGGCUUCAGUUCCCUCGUCGGAAAUCUAUAGGCGUCCAUCGCAGGCUGGGUUUGGCGAGGUGGCGCGUCAGUGAUCGCCCGAUCCCAUCCCUCCAUUUUUCAGAAAUCUCCCUCCGCCCUGAUUUUGAGGCGACCAGGACUUUACUCCUAAAUGGACUUUACUCCUAAAUGAGGCCGGGGUUGAUGUUCCCGGUCUGUGCUGCCAGAGAGCACGCCGUCGUCCUGGACGCAGCGCCCAACCCUAGUCACAUUUAGGCGCCAAACCCAUUGGUUUCAAUGGAAUCUUACAUGCUGAUUUGAAUGGAUGCAGAAAUGAAUCCUGUUGGUUUUCACAGAACUUGCUCUUAAGCAUGGCUUUAGGAUCGUGGGUUUGCAUCCUGAUAUUGGACCUGCUCAGAGGGAAGUCCAUGGGAGUUGAGUGAGAGUUGCUCCCAUGUAACACGUGUGUGUGCGUACAGCGUUGCAGACAUGGUCAUGGGGCAGAGUUAAGGUACCAUCUCUGAACUAUUUUUAGAUCCUGUGAAUUUCUAUUGCUGCUGCAAGACCAGCACGUAUGCAGGACUGUCGGAAUAAACACAUCUCCAGAAACCAAAUCAUGGCUGUGGCUCUGGUUGAACUCGGAGUGGGACCUGGGCGGUGUGUUCAAAAGGCAUUGCAUGCUGGGAAGCUCUUAAGCUAUUGAGAUCUUACAGGAAUUGUUUCUUUGCCUUCCUUACAGAAGCACGCGCACGUGCACAACAAUCAAAUAAAAUAUGACAGAACGUUAAAUUGCUCUUCUAUAUCUCCUACGAGUAAUAUAAGCAUUUUGCAAUAUAACACAUCUCUGUACCGUUGGUUUCAUUAUGGAAAUCAACUGGCAGCAUACCUUGUUUUCUUUAAAACAUGUUUCAGGGGUGGGGGCUGAUUGUAUUGGGACUAAAGGAGCAAAGGGAUGCUACCACCGUUUAAUUAGUUGUAAUCCUUUCGCUGGGUAGCGUAGAAGUUGCUGCUUCCUGAGCUAUUUGAAAGCUAGCAGCUAACUUUGGUAAGUUCAUUUGACGAGGAUCAGGAUUUAAGUGAGGUGGGCAUGCUGAAUUGUUAAACUGAUAGGUGCUUCUGUUCUGUCUCAAAAUGAUUACUGAGCUCUGAUCCUGAGUAUACUUGUUUGGAAAUAAGUCCUACUGAAAUCACAGAAGAUUGACUUAUGCAUAAACGCACUUAAGAUGUUGCAGGGUGGAAGGUAGAGGCAGGAUGUUAUACUUUGCAGCAGAUGGGUUUUUACGUUACUGCUUUUCUUAGGAACAAUCCUAAACUAUGUCCCAUGGUAGCAUUUUUUAUUCACUGACAAGCUUUUGAGUCCCCUCCCUCUUGUUUCCUACCAGAGAGACUGCAUACCAGCCUUUUGGGCUGAUUAUGGGAUUUAUGUUGGAUUAUGUCUUUAGUGCAGUGCCUUUGGUUUCUUUUUGAUAAACGUUCUGAUUUAAAUGUUUCUUUCUUAAAGAAGCACCUCCAGCUGCUUUGUUGCUGCUCUACUUUCUGCAAGAAUGUUGACCCAUUCUGUGGCUUCUGUGGCUGCUGAAGAAGAUCAGAGAUCUUCCUGAUACAAAUGUGCACAUGUAUUUCCCAGAUAAAUCACCAAAGGCCUAAGCUAAAUGUGCGUUGCUUCUGUGUGUGAAAUUUUAUCUAGUGCACAUGCAGCUCCCAAGCACAAGUCUUUAGUCCGUAUUGCUCUUCAACCCAUUUGCACUGGAAGCAUAACUGUUCAGAGGGCUAGCAUAGAUCAUGCACCUAACACAAUAUGAUGCACAUGAAGUGCUCUCAUUGUAUAUAAUACCUGCCUCGGCUUUUCUGAUGAUUACUUUACUACUAAGCUGUGAGUAUGGGAAGCUAUGAAGAAGUGCCUCCUUAGUGGCAUUUAUAUUCUUCUGAUACUGGGGGGUUACUAACUACAAAGUUUAUUCUGCUGAACUUAGCGGGACUUCAAGGGGAAAUUUUUUUGGAUCACACUGCUGAAGUCAUCCGAUUUACUUACAAAUGGUGCCCUGCAACAAAAUGUUACAGUGUGCCACAGGUGUUACCAGGGCCUGUAGCUAAGUAGAAUUGGGGGGGGGGGAGGGAGUUAACAUCGAAUACAGGAGUCCCUCCCUGUUGUAACUUGGAACUUGAUUCAUGUAUGUUUUAUUUAUAUUGUUAGUUCUUGGACAUUUAAAGGGGAAUGCAAGUCAGUUGAACUGAUGGAUUUGGCCUGGAAUGAGGUUCCAGAGGGAAAUUUAAGGAGCUGGAUUUUUACUUCAACCUGAGAUGUAUGGGGUAUUUUUGACUGGAAAUCCAGAGCAGCCUCCGUAGCUCUGUCCAGCAAUGUUAAAAGAAGACUACUGUGUCCCUUAAGUCUGCAGUGAGGAUGCAACACUGAACUGCACUGCAUAUUUCUCAAGCCGACCAGCAAUGUGGGAGUAAAGGCAAUGGAUAAUACUGCAGCAGUGCUGUUGAAAACUGCUCACUUAGCUUGAAUCCAACCUUCGAUUGGGGUCUACUCCUGUACAUCACUGCAGAGUUGUUGUAGAUCACUCAGAGCCUAAGCUGCAGUAUUUCACGUGAAGUACGCUGCAGGCCUGUCAUAAACCAUUUCCUCAUCCGCAGCCUUUCCAACUUGCAAUAUGGUGACGAUGAAUUGCAUUUGGGGAAGGUGGGAUGUGGUGGCUACACUGGUGUCCAAUCCUGGUUACAUGGAAACCUUGGAUUUCUCCAUUGGUUUCUUUGGGAAGCUCUCACUUCUUCUGUUCCUAACAACAUUUAAAAAUAGCUUCUCGGUGUGAACCAGCAAAUGAAUUCUCUUUAGACUAUAAGAAGAUUCUCACUACACUUCUCGUAUCUGGGUCUGUUUUUCCUCAUUCCUUUUAGAGGAUGAAGGAGAAAGUGACAAAUAGACUGAAGGACAAUGGAGGGAAAGACCUAAUGAUAUUACUGUGUACCUUCUACUCUCUCCUUUAAUCUUCUUGCCUUGUUUCUCAGCUAGCUGAUCAGCAGUUCUUGAAGCUGAGCAGCCAUGUCCAUUUUCUUUUCUGAUUUUCUGUGGCUAUUGAACAUACUUGUUCUGUGUUGGGCUGUUCUUGGGUUCCCCGCCUGCCCUGGGGGUGCUUUUCUUCUAAACAUUUUUUGUACAUCUGCAAACCUUGAGGUUUCCUUAAGCCUGCUGAUACCUCCUCUUGUGUGUGGAUGCCCCCAUUUUAGCUAAAUAAGAAUUGACACUCCACCUUGAAUCUUGGAAGCAGAGUAAAUAAUUUUCUUUAUGGCGAGUCAGAAGCAAAUUAGGUUCCACUGAUUUUACUGUACAGUUGUGCCCACAGUUUUAUCAUUUGAUGUUGAGUGGCUGCUACAUUAUACAAAUUCUUCACUAUUUUGUAAUCCAUUGGUAUUCAGCUGCUGGGUUGAGAUCCACACUGGGUAGUGGACUGACCUUGGGUGGGUUGCAACAGCAACAUUACCACUGUACAAGUAUAUAGUGUAGAAUUAAAAAUAGGGUCUUUUUGCAUCUUUGGGCUAAAGGUGGAUCCUUGUUCUCAAAAGGUUCAGGACCAUUUGAUUUAGUGAAUAAUGGCCUGUGAGUAUAUAUGCAAAAGUGAUCAAUCCAUGGAGAUGUUUUCUAGAUCACCAGUGCAUGCACACCCAUGCAUUUAUGGCACAUUGACAUCAUUACAAGAACUAACUUUUCUUCAUUUUAACUAAGCUUCCUUGCCUGGUCAUCCAGAAGCAACAGUUAUUUGCCACAAGCAGUCAAUUAAUUGGUUAUUCACAAACCAAGCUUCUUUUGUUGAGCCAUUUCCUGCAUUAAAAUUAAUGUAGAAUAAGUUAAGUGUUAGUAGGGUUUACACAACCUUUAUUUAAAAUAAUAUUAAGCAUUUCAAGAAAGAACACUUAAACAUAAAGUUAAACCUAAGUUGACAGGUGCAAAACAAUUUGAGCAUGGGCUUCACAAGUUAAACUAUAGCUAUUUAGUUUGUACUUGGUGUGAUUGAUAGAAAUCUGUCAAAAGGAAUUCAUAGAAAUACCAUUUCACUUGCUCUUUGUCGUUCUCCUGAGUUCCAAGUGACAUUUCUGAGAUGUCCAGGAUGCUUUUCACUUGGACUGUACUGAAAGGCUUUCUCUGCCAUCCACAGUGCUCUUGUACAUACAGCUUUAGCCAUAUCCUAGUGAGGAUAUUGGUAUUGCUUCAGUCAGCUGCAAUAUAAGUUAGUUGAGUUUUAAAACCGUUGAUAGCUUGUAGUUGCAGGCAAGAGGGUCCCAUCGAUAUUGUAAGGUGGGGUAUAGAUUUUACAAAUGGUUAUUUGAGAACAAAUAAUGAGGUGGUGUCUCACAAGUAGCAUGUGGUUAAUAAUGGCUCCCAGUGCCCGAGCAUGCCCCAUCUGCAACAGAAAAAGGAUGGAGACACAAGUCCACCCACAUUCAUGUGAUUAUGAUUAUAACCUGUUAAUAGUACUGCUAGUUUAAGAGGGAGGAAAGGGUCAAUCCAAUUCCUCUCACCAGCAGAUAUUUCAAUAUCACGAUAUAUCACCAGCUAAACAUUGCGAUAUCUCAGCAUAUCACGGUGUCUGAAAUAAGGUUGGAGCUUAUAAUAAUCUGGGAAAAUAUUUUUUAAAAAAUAAAAAAUCUAAAUUUGAUGCGUAUAAUUAAAUGAAAAUUUACUCAGCGAUAGCAUGCUUAACUAUGCUUAACAUGGAACCAUUCAUUCGGGUCUUGCCCCCUCCAGAGCAGGAGAAAACAUGCUCCUUCCAUCUUCCAUGUGACACCCCCUCAGAUAUUUGAAGGUGGCUACUCUAUCUCCUCUCAAUCUCCUCUUUCCAGGCUAAACAUACCCAGCUCCCUCAACCGUUCCUCACAAGGCUGGGUUCCCAAGACCCAUGAUCAUCUUGGUUGCCCUCCUCUGCACGUGUUCCAGCUUGUUAAUAUCCUUCUUAAAUUGUGGCACCCAGAACUGGACACAGUACUCCAGGUGUGGUCUGACCAAAGAGCUGGUGGCACUGUGGUCUAAACCACAGACCCUAGGGCUUGCCGAUCAGAAGGUGGCGGUUCGAAUCCCCGCGACGGGGUGCGCUCCCGUUGCUCGGUCCCUACUCCUGCCAACCUAGCAGUUUGAAAGCACGUCAAAGUUCAAGUAGAUAAAUAGGUACCGCUCCAGUGGGAAGGUAAAUGGCGUUUCCGUGCACUUCUCUGGUUUCACCAGAAGUGGCUUAGUCAUGCUGGCCACAUGACCUGGAAGCUGUACGCCGGCUCCCUCGGCCAAUAAAGCGAGAUGAGCGCCGCAACCCCAGAGUCGGUCACGACUGGACCUAACAGUCAGGGGUCCCUUUACCUUUAUUUCUGUUGAUGCAGCCUAGAAUAGCAUUAGUUUUUUUGCUGCUGAAUCACACUGUUGACUCAUGUUAAGUCUGUAGUCUACUAAGAUCCUUAGAUCCUUUUCAGAACAGAAGCUGGAGCCAAGCCACACUGAUCUUAAAAUGAAGAACGGAAUCUUCUCCCACAGCACUGAUGAGGAACAAAAAUUCCAAUAAGCAGUUUCUUUUUCUGCUGAUAAGCUCCAUGGAGCUUUAAGGCACACAUUGUGCCUCUUUCUAGGCAGAGUAGAGACCCUGAUACCGUGCUUAGCUGGAUAUCGAGCUAGGUCUCUAUUUUGCCUGGCAAGAGGCAAGGUGUGUGCCUCAAAGCAACGUGAAUCUUAUGGGGAGAAAAGAAACUUUUUUUGCUGAUCAAAAUCUCCCUGCCUCAGCAAGGAAGCCUAUUGCUGUGCUGGGUCUGUCUCUAGCAAGAGGCAUGGGGCUUGCACCUUUCAGAUUGUGCAGGCAGAAAGCAGCUUUUACUGCAAAGUAAAGCCCUUUAGGCAGCUGAGAGGUGGCAGGGGCUUAUGCCUUGCAGAUGGGCAGGCAGGAAACGGCCAUUUACUUUGCAGUAAAGUGCUGCUUCCUGCCUCUCUCGAUAUAUUACAGAGUGAAAAAAUAUGAAACCUUUAUUGCGGUCUGGAGUUCAUACCGAUAAGACACAAAAUAACGAUAUAUCGCCCACCCUAACUUUCCUGUGACAGCCCUUAAGAUAUUUGAAGAUGGCUAUCACAUCUCCUCUCAGUCUCCUCUUCUCCAGGUUAAAUGUACCUGUGUUGACUGUGUUUGAUGCUGUUUGCCUGGCUUAUAUUAUAAUAUUGGGGGUUGUACACGCAGUCCUCAUAGAGUGUGGACUUUCAGCUAAGAGCCCUAUGUACUCAAGACCCCGUUGCAUCUUCCGGUACAGAAAUAUGCACAGGUCCUGUUUGCUGUGGAUGCCAGGGCUUAAUAAAACCAUGUAUAAAUACAACCUUCUUGAGUGGUUCUUGACACAUUGCUUUCCUAAAUAAUGAGAUACACUUCUGUGCUUUCAAAGUAAAAUCUAUGCAUUCAUAUGGCUUUAUAUUUGUUGCUAUACAUGAAGUGAUAUGUACAUGUUUUAGGACUUUGUAUUCAACUCACUUUUCAGUGGUUGAAAUAUCACUGUGUGAAGAACACAUUAAAAGAAAUCCCUGUGCUGUGUGCUUUUCUGGCCAUGAAGUCGAAUGUCUCAUCCUAGUUGGAAAACAAUAUAUUGAGUUUACAAAAAAAAGGAAGGUAGUGUUCUCUGUAGCUCGGCAGAAACCCAUCAAUAGUAGACAGGCCAAAGACAGCUUGAUUUAUUCAGACAAGCCGUCUCAUUGAGUUAGUAGAAGGCAAUUAAUGGGCUCUGAAGAAUGUCUCUUCAGGUUUUCGAGGACUGGAAGAAUGGUGGCAACAGCAUGGAGCCAACUGAGGGAAAAAAUACCUUUCUAAUUAGUAGCUCGACUCCAACAUUAUUAAUAUUUUAGCUUAAUUCAGGUAAAAAUGUUUGCAUUAGGGGAUUUGGUCGUUAUAGGGAAGGUUGCUAAGAAGUAUAUAAGAUGGUUGAUGUUUCAGAUGAAUAAAAUAAAUGAAGAGCAAGCAUUUUUACUACUGUUUUACACACUGCACAUAGUGAGUUCUCAGUUAAAUCAAUACUUCAUUUAAAGCCCAUGGUUUCCUGAGUGAGAAUGAGCCUCCGUACAAGCAAGUGCCCCUGGCUAGGAAUGUGCUUCCAUAUGUAUGGCAGGGUGGAUGCAUGUAUGGAAAACCUGUUUCACUUCCACAUGCCCUUACAGGAUCCUUCACUGUGCAGAAAAUGUGUAUCCAUAUCUUAAUGCAGUGCUUUUUUACCUGGGGGAAUGCAGGGGGACGCAUACCCCUAAACAUUUUGUGAAUCUAAGUUUGGCCUCAUUGAGGGACAGUAUUUCAAUAUGAGCAGGAAAAUGAGAGUACCCGUUAACAUAUUUUUUUUAGCACUGGCUUAAUGUAAAACUAUUUAUUUGAUUUGUUAUAUUUCUUUGAUUAGUGUAUAUAUUUCUCAUUCAGAUGAAUCCCAAUAAAUCCCAAUUGUAAAUCCCAGUUUACAAACAAGGAAUAACAAUAACAUGAUGGAACGUAAUCGAACAUCACAAAUACAGCAUAAAUCAUAUAGCAUAAUUGACAGAUCAUCGGUGAAACAGUUACACUCUAUAAAACACUGUUAACAAAGCGGCACCUAAAAGAAUAAGUCAAACAUCACAAUUAAAGCAAAAGUCAUAUUAUGCGUUUAGCAAAUCAAUACAGCAUUUAUAAUCUAUAAAACAAUACUAACAACAUUAACAAUAUAGCAGCCAAAAAAGAAACAAAGCACUGUUAAGUUCAUACACACACUCUCUGCGCCCCAUGACUCAUAAACUAUCACUCUAUUUAUCUCAUUAAAACACAUCCACAUGAUGCCUGUGGCAGCAACUCCCUUCUGAAGGUUCUUCAGGCUGGAGGUGGGGCAGCACAAGUGAAACCACCCACUUGCUGAUGGCAAACAAGAGUAUCUUUCCCUUCACAGUUCUUCCUCUGGAAACAGCUCCAUUAUGAAGGCUCCCGGGGCUGGAGAAUAGGCAAGGCAGGUAGGAAAAGCCAUUACCUGCUGGCCAACACAGAGUCCUACAGCAUGUGACCCUAGCAGCAAGCAGCACUAUGGCAAUGCACUACUGUUAAGCUGUCAUUUCCCUUGUAAAUAUUGACCAGCUACUGUCUGAAAUAUGAUGAGUACAGAUUCAGCCUAACUGAUCUUGAAGCAUCAGUUUGUUUUUACAGAAAUGAAGAAAUGUAGCACUGUCAUUGAGCUGGUUUCAACAUAUAGUUUAUCAUGAUGGGAAUGAGUUGCACUAAGCCUCAGUCUCAUUUCCCCCCUGCUUCUGAUCACAAGAUCAAAAGCUUUCGUUUCAGAUUAGCCACAGCUUGUCAUUUUGUCCGAACCCAAUAAACUGUAGUUAGUCUAAACUAUGGUUUGUUUGAAAUAAGCCAAUUUUAAAGGUGUUGGCUGGUCAAGGAAAAGUCUCAGGUAAUUUAUCUGAUUUUUUUUACAUUUAUAUCCUCUCUCUUUUUCCGUCAUGGAGCCCAAGGCAGUGUACAUGUGGUUCCCAGGAAGUCUCCCAUAGAUCACAUCCAACCCUGCUUAGCUUCAGCAAGGUGGUAACCUCAUAUGCAGCUUCGCACCAUGCCCUAGGAUGUUGUGUGUUUACCCCUCUAAGGUAAUUGCAUCGGUGCAAGAGCUGUAGUUACAGUAGAAGCUUCUAUCAGCUUUUUAAAUGGUCAAAGUCCAUAGUGCCAUGUCUAAUGUGCCCCUUGUGGAAGAUGAGGGCUGCCUUCCAUGUGGGCAAACUUCUGGAAGUUGCAUGACAGUGCUGGGGGGGCAGAGGCAAAAUGGGUGGAGCAGCAGAUAUGACUGUUACUUUUGCAUGGUAGGCUGCAUUCCAGCCAUGGAAAAGUCAGGUUUCUACACACACACACACACACACACACACACACGCACACUGCCCUCCAUGCAGGCAAGCGAGAGACAUUUUCAAAGAGUACACUUUAGUCAAGCAAAGGUACUCAAGAGAGAGUGGAACAGCAGUUGGUAAGGAGUGUAGCUGUCAGGGACUGGCUGGAUGAGGAAGAGUGGUGGGAGCCAAAAUAUCUGAUGGGAAUUGGACUGCAAAACAUCUGAAUAAUUCCAGGUUGGGGGAAGGUUGCAUAUUCUCUGUUUUUAAGAGCCAAACAUUGCUAUUGCUAUUGCUAUUGCUAUUGCUAUUGCUAUUAUUUACCUGGGUUUUUGGACCUCAAUUUUCUGCAUAUUUUUAGUUGGGGUAGAGUGAAGUUGGAGCUACUCAUUUUGUGUGUGUGUGUGUGUGUUAUAUGGGCAUUUUGUAAAUUGUCCAAGUAGUAACAUUUACAGGAUGCCUAUCUUCCUGCAAGUAUCCUCAACCCCACCUGCCCAACAAAUACCAGGGACAUGGAGCCAGUGCAGGAACAUUGAGUAUGCAAUGGCUGUAUUCAGUGCAGUAACAGCUUCUUAAGUCCCAUCUCCAGAGUGUAGGAGUAACAAGGCACAUAACAACCUGGAGUUAUCCAGAUGUUUUGCACUCCAAUUCCCAUCAAAUAAUUUGGACUACUGUGAGCGUUUUCUCUAGUAAUACUAGGGUAGCACCUGUUAACAUUGGUGGGCAUGCAUGACCUGGACCAAAGGUGUGACCUGAGAUUGUCAGCCAUGAAAAAUGGUUUUUAGCAACUGCUGUGCUCCAUACUCUUCCCCCAGAAUGGGCCUCUUCCUUGAGAAACUAGUAAGGAUCUGACCCUAGGAACUUUCCAUUAAAAAUUCAUAAAGGUCAUAGGAGACUGUGGUGAAGCCCCAGAAUAGGAUGAAAAGAGAGAUCAGGAAAUACUUAUGCAGAUAAGGAUGAUAAAUAGAAAGGCCAGACCAUUAAUCAUGCUGAAUUUCAUUAAUGCCACACUGAGUGGAAGAAUGAGACUACCAAAACCAAAUAAAGCUUUCUCUUCCUUAUUUCCAUGCUGGGCUGCAUAUUUUUGAAGCCCAGAAAACAAGCCAGUGGGCCCGCUGCUACUUAUUUAUAUUAAAAACAGCUUCUGACAAAUUACAGUGUAAAUAGAUGCUGUUGGUUUAACAGAGGAUAUAGGAUUUUUGGAGCUUGUGAGCAAAAGGAAUGAAAAGUCACAUUUGAUCAUUUAUUCAAGUUAGGAGCAGAUGCUUAGAUCUAGGAAAUUAAAAACCCCACAAAGUCAAGGAUGUCAGAUAGGCUCUGAAUGAACUGUGUGAGACAUUUUUAUGCCAGUGGAAUCAGGGUCUUGUCAUUAAUAUUUUACUUGUAUAUGUGUGCUCUUAUUUCUGCAUGCAGGGCGGGCGGGGGAAUAACCUAGCAGCAUAAAUUAUCAACAGGAAAACUAAAAGUGAAAACACCCUGUGUAGCAUGUAUUUUGAAUGUUCUCUUGUUUGCACAUCCUCUUACUGUAUGUGUAUCAUAUGUGCACAAAAUACCUAAUUCACUUUUGCUUUGCAUUAUGCUUGAUAAAGCUAGUGGGUGGGGUGUGUUUUGCUUGAUCUUGUCAUAGAGCAGAAUAUUUCUAGUAGAGAAGCCUAGCCAUAUAAGUGGGGAAGAAGCUUAUUCCUGUGCAACAUGUGACCUGGUCCUGACUUGAGGCAUAUAUUGCAAUUCGGAUGACACUACAGUGGUACCUCGGGUUACAUACGCUUCAGGUUACAGACUCCACUAACCCAGAAAUAGUGCUUCAGGUUAAGUACUUUGCUUCAGGAUGAGAACAGAAAUUGUGCUCCGGCGGCGCAGCAGCAGCAGCAGGAGGCCCCAUUAGCUAAAGUGGUGCUUCAGGUUAAGAACAGUUUCAGGUUAAGUACAGACCUCCAGAACGAAUUAAGUACUUAACCCGAGGUACCACUGUAGUUGCUCUGGGGCUGUCCACUGUGUUAGUACCAUUAUGUAACUCUAGGGCGUUCACAUUUAAAUUUCAGUAAACUAGCACUCCAUAUUCUGGAACAGGCGAAGAACUAGGGUGGAAUCCAGUGGAUCAUGGUUGCUGAGACCGGGAAUGUGGGUCAAUAGUGAAAAGAAAAGAAAGGAAAAGAAAGAAGAAAAGAGAAGAGAAGAGAAGAGAAAAGCUUAGUUCAGCUGGGUCUGAAAUUUACUGACUUAUCAGAGCCAGAUAUUGGUGACUUACAAAGACAGUUUUACUGUCAGGACCAUUAAAAUAAUGAAUGUUAGGCAUCCAUUGAUUUUGUGAUAUUUAUGAAUAAGAGACUGGAUUUUUCAAGCAGGGCUUAAGUAAGGAUAACCAAGUCUAUGCAACCUUACACUCCCAUGCCUCCCUUUGGGCAAUCUGAGGGAUUGCAGCUGCUGCCCCUGCCCUCUUUAGUUAGUGACUUUCCAAGAAAGGAUGAGGGAUCACACUUUAGAUCGCCUCCUUUUAAUGUGGCAGGUUGCAAGCACUUUGCCACUUUAGAAAGAAAAUUGUGCUGGGGUGGGGCAUGUAAUUGCCUAGGCCACAGGGAUCUAAUUUGGCCCACAAGUCCAUUCUCUGCAAAGCACAUCCAUUGGCCCCAUGUGACCUGUGGGGCAGGUCAAGAUGUAGCUGCAGGGGAACAAUUGGGAAUUGAAAGGGCACUCCCAGUUGUUCCUUAGCAAGUGGGAAUCACUGAUAGUGCCUAUCAGCUGAUCGGCACCACCAUUGAGCCCAUUUGAAGUUGUCCAUUUGCAGGUUUGGUUUGAAUUCAGUCUGCACAAGCAAACAGGCAUCCUUCACCUGCAGCUUUGCAGUCAGCUAGAUUGACACUGGAAUCAUGCAGCACAAUGUAGUUGCAAAGAGCUUGCAAGACGCCACUUUAAAGGAGGCAGCCUGUGCCACUUAGGACCCUCACCUCAAUUUUCAAGAGGUUUGGCAGCUCAGAGGGGCAUUAUGUUCCUAAUUAAAAUCACCAGUCCAAGAGGAAUUGCUCUCAAUAUAAUAUAAUAUUUUCCCUCUGUGAUGUUACCUCACCCUCCAUGCCUGGCUGAGAUGAAAAAGAGAUUAGAGGAAUUAAAUAAUGCUGCAACAGCAUAGGGAAAUAAUGGCUGUAAACAGUGCUGGAGUAAAAAGGAUUUAGGAAAAUGUUUGGGGAAUAAAUGCCCACAAUGCCCUGAAAUUGUUCCCUUGCAAACAUUUGGUGCAGCCUAUUUCACUUCCUUCAUAGGCCUUUGUUUAAUGUGAAGAAUCAUUAACUGGGGUUAAAUCCUUAGAAAAUGUGAAGCUGAAAUAAGCUAAAAGAAAUAACCUUUUCUUUUAAAAGAUGCCUUAAUUUUUAAAGAAGGAAAAUAUAUAAUAUUUUAUGCUUGAAUAACUCAAAAGUGAUUCAACUGAUUUUGGUCAAACAUUUUCAUAACGGCAUGAGCUCUUAAAGAUUAAUUUAAGCAUGACAAAUUUCAGCCGAAGGGGAAGAACAUUUAUAAAGUCGAGAUAGCGUGGAAUUGUGGGUUUAUAGGUGGAGUAACUCUUUCAAGCUGAGGCUUAGGAUGUGGUAAGUUAGCUAUGAUGGGACUGAAUUAGGGGACACUUACCAACAUUUUGACGCCUCUGUCAAAGUGCAAAUGAACUCCAUAAAUGACACAGACAUCCUGGUUUGGUAGCAUUUUAUCUGUGUUGUGCACAGUUAUAAAGAAUUCAAUGAAGUGCAGGAUGGCAGCAACUGAGCAUUCUGGCAAAGCUUGCAAAUGAGCCGGUAGCUCUAAAAUACCAUAGUUUUCCCAUCCCUGUGUUUAUGUAGGGCAUGGGUAGGCAAACUAAGGCCCAGGGGCCGGAUCCGGCCCAAUCGCCUUCUAAAUCCGGCCUGCAGGCGGUCUGUGGAAUAAGCUUGUUUUCACACGAGUAGAAUUUGUCCUUUUAUUUAAAAUGCAUCUCUGGGUUAUUUGUGGGGCAUAGGAAUUUGUUCAUUUCCCCCCCCCCCAAAAAAAAUAUAGUCCGGCCCCCCACAAGGUCUGAGGGACAGUGGACUGGCCCCCUGCUGAAAAGGUUUAAAGGUAAAGGGACCCCUGACCAUUAGGUCCAGUCGUGACCAACUCUGGGGUUGCGGCGCUCAUCUCGCUUUAUUGGCCGAGGGAGCCGGCGUACAGCUUCCGGGUCAUGUGGCCAGCAUGACUAAGCCGCUUCUGGCGAACCAGAGCAGUGCAUGGAAACACUGUUCACCUUCCCGCCGGACGGUACCUAUUUAUCUACUUGCACUUUGACGUGCUUUCGAACUGCUAGGUUGGCAGGAGCAAGGACCGAGCAACUGGAGCUCACCCCAUCGCGGGGAUUCAAACCGCCAACCUUCUGAUCGGCAAGUCCUAGGCUCUGGUUUAGCCCUGACCCCUAAUGUAGGGCAUCAUCACUGAUCCCAAAGGGCUACACAGAUUGUAUAAAACUCUCCUCUCCAACCUGUUCCACUUAAUACUCCAUGACGUGCUUGUCCUUCCUUCACUUUAAUCUGAAGCUUUCAUUAAUGACGUUGUGGUCAGACUCAAAUGAAAAUAAAUGGGGGGGGGCGGACGAAACACUGUACACUGAAAAUAUAUAGGAUCUAAGCUGAUGCAGCAGUGAAGGUGUUAAAAUAUUUUCAAAAUAUGCAUUUCUGGAAGAUUUGAGUUGAAAGGAAGUGACCCAUUAUACAUAUAGAAACUAAUGGGGGAGAUCAUUAAAGACCCCAAAUACUAUAGCUGUACCCCCUAUGCUAUAAAACAUUUAAUACAGUUUUAUUGUUUAACAUUGGUAAAUUGGAAUGAUUUUGUCAAAUAUAUCUCACUGGUCUUUUUAAAACUAUAAUUAAAUUGGGACAUUUUUGACCCAGAUGUUGCAUUAAUCAGUGCUUUUUUCUGGAGGUAUUCAAGCAGUACCAGUACUUUUUUUCUAGAAAAAAAACCACUGGCAUUAAUAAUAUGUAUUUUACAAGGGAAGGAGGGUUUAAAGCAUGCCCCCAAACAUGGUUCCAUCAUCCUUUUUUUUUUUUUUAGGCACUUAAAAGAGAUAUGUUCAACUUGUCUUUAACAUUGUUCUUGAAUUAAUUGGCUACAGUGAACAUUAACAGUAAAGGGACAGGCUCUUAACCUAAUUAGUGUCAGUGGCUAAUGUUUAAGUACUCGGGUUGCAAGGCAGAAAAAGCAGUAAAUGCCAAAUAUCUUUGGAGACACUGGCUAAAAGAUAUCUGUUAAUGGGGUCUUCCGGCUUCCUGCAAGCAAGGUUGGGUCCUUCUAAUUACUGUUUUACAUAACUGUGACAAUGUGGAUUUUAAUGGUAUUUGUGGCUUCUACCAGCAGGCUCAUAACUUUCGAACAAUACCAUUUAACUGAGAAAUGGGAAAAGCUUUGUCCUGAUACUUGGGAGGAACUCUGUUUGUUUGUUUGUUUGUUUGUUUGUUUGUUUGUGUGAUGUCUUUUUACUUCUCUUCUGCAAUUCUGUUUUAAAAAACUAAAUCAUGUGGCAGCUCUGCUAUGCCCUUACAGACCUGUCAGUCUGCCUCUGUUCCCCUCAUCUGUCCUAUGGAAGGUGGUAACAAGAGCCUAGUUUACAGGUAAUGCAAGAGCUUUAAGCAUUUAGGGGGGGAUGUCAUUUGAAAAGGAAUUGCUUCCGUAAUUAAAAUGGAUGCCUAGGAUGGGUGAAAGGGCUACCACUUCAAGGUCGAACCCAUAACAGGGCAAUACAGUACCCCCCUCUCACCCACAGUCCUCCUUAUGUGAUCAUGUGAGUAGCAGGAAAGGAGGAUGGAGCUGGUAUUCAGGGAUUGUUCUGGAUCCGCAUACCCUCCAAUAUUCUGCAGAUGAAAUUAGGGAGAUUUCUCACUGCCCCUCCCCCCAACUGAACCUCAUUUGUGUCUCCCCCACAAGCAUUUCCUAACAGAAGAAGGGCAAGUGCCACCACAACUACAACAACAGGACACAACAUACACACCUUCUACUGUCCUGAGAAAACUCCUUCAUCCCAAUUUUAUGUUACAGUGGUACAUCAGGUUACAUACGCUUCAGGAUACAUACGCUUCAGGUUACAAACUCCGCUAAACCAGAAAUAGUGCUUCAGGUUAAGAACUUUGCUUCAGGAUGAGAACAGAAAUUGUGCUCCGGCAGCGUGGCAGCAGCAGGAGGCCCCAUUAGCUAAAGUGGGGCUUCAGGUUAAGAACAAUUUCCGGUUAAGAACGGACCUCCGGAAUGAAUUAAGUACUUAACCCGAGGUACCACUGUAUUCUUUGCUAGAUUUACAAAAAGAAAAACACACACCAAUAAAUACAUUUUAGAAAGAGGCAAGAUUAGAUGUGGGCGCACAAAGCACUUAAUAAGCGCUCCACUCCCCCUUUCUUUCCACCCAGGGCAGCCCUGCCCUCUGCCUGCCCCUCAGAGCUGGCGCCUCACUAGGGGCCGGGCCUCGGUGGCCACAGCCUCUCAUCCUCCUCGCCUUCUCUUCAGCAGCCACUGCGAGCUGCCGAAGGAGGAGGCUGGUAGUGGCAACCAUGGAGAGGCCACGGAGAGGCAAUGGGGUGCUCCUUUACAGCCACAGCCGCUGGCAUCGCUUGGGACAAGUGCCAACUCAUUCUCCUCCCCAAGCUCAACAGCAGUUGCACUGGCAGGGAAAAUGGGGACAUUCGGGGAUCAAAUCAGCAGCCAUGUUUAGGGAACUUUUUUAUGUCUGAUGUUUUAUUGUUUUUUAAAUAUUAUUAUUAUUAUCAUUAAUUCUGUUGGGAGCCACCCAGAGUGGCUGGGAAAACCCAGCCAGCUGGGUGGGGUAUAAAUAAUAAACUAUUGUAUUAUUAUUAUUAUUAUUAUUAUUUUCAUAAUUCCAGGACAGUCCCUGGAAAAUCGGGACAUUUGGAGGGUAUGGAUCCCUCUCUAAGUUGGCCAGAAGACAAGCCUGAGGCUGAUUUUUUACUACCGUUUCCUGAAGAAUAAGAAUAAGAAUUGUAUACCUCCCUUCACCUGUAAAUCUCAGAGCGGUUCACCACAUAAAAAUACAAUAUAUAUAUAUAUAAAAUACAUAGUAAAAACAAGAAUUAAAACAAAAUGAAUGAAGGUCAUGAUUUUACCUACCUUCCACCUGACAUCACAUAUGAUGAUGGAAAGGGGCAAGUGGGUGGGGAAAACCCAAAUGAAUUAGGCCCGCGGAGUGGAUAUUCCUGAGCUCUGGGCUAGAUGGACUAAUAGUCUGAAUUGGUAUAAGGCAACUUCCUAUAUUCCUAUAGGUUGCUAUGUAUUAAGUUUCCAAGAGGCAAAAAAUAUUAUUUGCAUGCCUAUAUUUCAUUCGCAGGUGAAUCACCUUUGCCUUGACCAAGAGUGGAUUUCAACGUAGCCCUAAACGGGGUCCGCACUGCCCUUCGAUCACAGCAUGUUGAAUCAGACCCUGUUGCAAAGCACAACUUUAAUGUUCUCCCGCAGCCUCAGUACCCAGUCUGUAAAAUGGAAUUUCAGCAACUGCUAUUGGAGCAUUUGCCAGCACUGUUGUAAGAACAGGCAAAGAAGAUUUACAAGCACUUUGCGCAUUUAUAUUACACAGGUGCUUAUGUAUUAGGUGAAAUCUGCUGCGGUUAAAUUACUGACCCUCCAUAAGGGGAAAGGGGCGUGAUACUGCCAGAGUCUCUCCCAAGUCCUGCCCUGCCCCUGCUGUUCCCACCUGCCUUUUUUAUGCCAUCUGCAGAAUAAAAGGCAACAUGUUGCACAAGCCUGUGGUUCCUUUGAAAACAUUUGACUCCAGAGGAGGACAUCUGGGAUAAAUGAAUUGUAAAUGCUGUCAUUAAUUAUUCAUCUUAAAAACCAAAGAAAAUGUCACAAGAAAAUAAUAAUAGGAGUCAAACUGCAGGUCACAGUUGUUUUCAGUAUUUCUGUAGGCAUGUUUGACUCCGGUUAGGCAUUAGAGUAUCAAAUCAAUCAAUUUAUUUUUUACCCAGUAUAAACUGAAACCACCAAAACAAAAGAAACCCAAAUUAAAUAGAUCUCAGAUUUAUAAUUUUCUGAUCCAACCAGUUCAGUAAAGCUGCUCACCUUCUGUUUCAUCUUUUUAAGAGAGAUGUCGGGGAGAAAUGCCAGCCUUUAAGCCUAACCCAUUGAAGUUAUGAUUUUUAUCUUUGGGUGAGAUCCUGUACUUACUUACCUGGAAUCCACCCCACUGAAGCAGCAGUGACACUCAGAAACUGGGAGAGCAAUGCAGCCCCACCCAUGCCACCCCACCAGUCACUACUAACUAUAGCAAUGGUACACCCCCCCCCAAACCUUUUAAAAGCAAAGGUUUUUGUGCUUUGGGAGCGAUGUGUUAGUCUGUAAUACAGGCACUCCUGAAAAAUAAUUUCAUGUGGCUUGAACACAUCAGAGGAUCGCCCUCUGCCUUCUCUAAUGGUUCCCAAUCUAGACCUCUUUGCACACGGGAAUAGGCUGUUGGUUUGCUUCUGUAUCUGAGGAUUUUCACUUGUGAAAAUAUGAUGAUCUCUCUCAUCUUUGGCUUGGUCUGAAACAUUUUCCUUCAGCUGACAGUGCUGGAGCAGAGUAUAUUAUUUAGGGAGUCUCAGGGUGUACGUAUGUACUAGCAAAACGGUGGCAUUCGCCACCAAAGCAAGUAAAUCAUGUUUCUCAUCUCAGUGGUUUAUGCUUAGUGGUGAAGAGGGCCUAUACUAAGACCAACUUUGAGAAAACAGGACCUAUACGCUCCAAUUGUGACUACAGACAGAUCUCUGGUUUAAAAUGUGAGCUGUUUUGUGAAUAAACAUUUUUUCUUUUACUGUUUAUGUGUUAAAAGUAUAAUAGCAACAUAGGUAUCAGUGAAGAUAUAUACACUACAUCUUUAACAUUUGUUUUGAAAGACUGACAAAUUAUUCUGUGCAAGCAAACAUAGUAGAAAAUUGAAUUGUGUGUUGGGCUUUCCUUCUGGUGUUUUUGGCUACUUACGAUCUUCUACUCUUCUCCUGUGACCUCAUGAAGAGGACACCCACACAUUGUAAUAAUUGCUGUUUUUACCCCCAUUUUAUAAUGCUGUUAUGCUGUUUUAUUGUUUCAGUUAUGGUGUUCCAUUGUUUCUUUGUUAUUUCAUGCAUACCCUUAGAGACUUUUAAAUAUUAAGUGAAAUGUUUUGAAAUCUAUAAAUAGAAAAUAAAUUGGGGUGGGAAGAAGCUUCAUUUUGUUAAACUGGUGAUUUGUGGAAAGCUGCAUUCAGUAAAAUCUGUGAUACCCAAAUGCUAGUGAGGAUGAAAACGGGCCAAUGCAUCUUUCGUUGCUAUAUUUCCAAAGGGAAUAUAUAUUUAUCAUUUCCUGCUGAUCCUGGAAAGUCUUUUAGUACUUGAAUCAUCUCAGUUAUGGCCCUUCUAUAGUCCAAUUGACUCCUGCUUCAACUUUGUUUUUUUGUAAAGCCCCCUUUCCCACUCCUUCCAAUCAGAGAUCUGUUUUAUUAGCCUGUUUUGUGCUUGCUUAGUACGAAGCUGUAUUUUAAAACUUUCUGUAUUGUGGAUUUCAGCUGCAUUUUUUUGCAUUAGUUUAAGCUGUUUCACAGCUUUAUUUGUUGGGGGGAAACAAAGAGAUUAUUUCAGUUUAAAGCUGUAUUUUGCUUUUGAUGUGCAUCUUGUGACAUGUCUGUUUUCAAAUUGAUAGAAAAACAAAUGAGUGAAUCUACAUGACUGCUGCCUUAAUUCACUUGGUUUUUGCUAUGGGUUUUUGUUUUACUUUGGCUUACUCCCACCCACCCCCAAAAUGUUUUCCCAACUACAUAAUUUAUUUUCAGAUAUAUUAUUACCUCUGUGAAGGAAAUAUUGGAAGUUUAUUUUGUUGUUCUUAUAUCUCCAGCAAAUAAAGUAAAAAGAAAAGUGAGAUACUCUUGCAUAACAGUUAGUACUUUAUAUACUUAAUAUUGCUACCACACUGAAACUAUUGGAUUGAUCGUGAUGAUGGUUAGCAGUCUUGGCACAUAGCCAUGAUAUGCCCAUUGGUCAGUUUUGCUUUCUUCUCUAACUUACAAAACUAGAAUUCAUAGAAAACAAUACAUAGGGACAUGGCUGUGGUGUAUUGCUCAAUGUUGGAUUAGGUCUAUUGCCAGAUUUUAGGAAUUUUGAAGAAUAAAUAAAGAUAAAUAAAUAAAGAUUAAGAAAUAAAGAAAUAUUUGUUGCUUGAUUUACUGGUCUAUUAAAGAAGAAAAAAGUUCCUCACUUUUAGAGGACACCUGGUUUAUUUCCACUUAUUUAUUAAAUUUAUAUCCUACCCUUCCUGCAAAAGGAACAGCAGGUACCGCACUAGAAGCAUUUACUUAUGUGCAAGUAUAAAGGGAGAAUGACUUUUCUAAGAUGGAGCCUGUCCUCUACAGGCUUCAUAUGCUGUUGUAUUUUAAACAGCUCAGCAAAUCUACCAGUCAGUUAAUCGGGGCACCUUUUUAGUCAAUGAAUUUAAUCUGUUAAUGUAGCAAAUUAACUCACUCAAUGUUGUCAUGCUAUUUAAGUGCUCUUUUCCUCAGUUCUGUUCCCUGCUUGUGGGCAAACACAACACCAUGUAACUUUCCUGUAUCCUCCUGACCAACAUUUGCCCCAAGCCAGACCAUUGUGUGUCUUUGGAUGGAGCUGCCAUAUUGAGGAUUUCCCGUUUUCUUAUGCGGAGAAGGAAACUCUGAGCACACACAACAUGUGCAUGGAGUUGCUUCCUCCAAAGUGAAGAAUAGGAAAUUUCUUGUGGACAGGACAGUCCUAUAUACAUAGCCUGGACACCUGAAGCAAAUUGUUCCAUAUAUCUUAUCUCCAUUGUCCCAAGAGUAACUCGUGUGUGUGUGUGUGUGUAAAUCUUUAGAUCUUUAAAUUAAGAUUUCAAAAGACAGAAUUAAAUGCUUUGUCUGUCAUGCUUUAUAACUGCUAAUUAAAGGUGGUAGCGAAGUAACAUGCCAUCCAGCCUUCAAAGCUCUUGUCUUAGCACAAGCCUUCUUGUUUUCUUGUAUGCAUUUCUUGUUUGUUCAUUUGAUAUUAUCCAUUCUUUUCUUCUCGUAUCACUUUAGGGAUUAAAAAGAGUGGAAAUGAGUCAUCUCAAUAUUUCCGCAGCCUCAUUUUCACUCUUUUCUUUUCAUUGUGCCUUUUUUCUUUCUUUCUCUGACCUUCUCCCACGUAAUUAAUACUAAUUAAUUAAUUAAUUAAUGUCUGGAAGUGCAGCUUAGUAUACCAGGCAUCAAAUAGAGCUAAACAGAUAAGAGUUUGUACCAGAAAGGGCAUGUGGGAAAGACAGCAGAGGAAAUGGUAUAUUCCAUUGGACCAGCUUGGGGAUUUAAAAGCGAGACAAGUUUCAAAAAAUGGGAUUCAGAAAUCCAUGGCCAGGGGUGAUGGGGCUCAAGAGGGAGGCAUAGCCAUUUCUAUAACUGUUGCUUGUGCAAGACUAAAGGUGAGACCCAGUGGGUCCUGCACUAGCCCUGAGCCCUGUGUCAAAAUGCUCCAUUUCAGGGUUUUCCACAGGCUGGUACCUGUGGCAUCACUGCCGACACUACCUUCAGCCUACUAGUUUGGCAGGCAUGAUAGGGCUCACCUUUUUGGUGGGACUUCCCUGCCAAUGGCAGAGUUCUUCCAAUGGUGAUGGCCAGGAUGGGGGACACUUCCACUCCAUUCAACUCCUCCCUCCACAUCGAGGGUUUGGAUUACCCUGUUAUUUAUUUUAUUUAGAGCCUCUCUAGUCCACUCUUCAUUAAAAAUAAUCCCAGCAUAGGGUACAAUGUGCAAAACAAAUACUUAAUGAAAAAGCAGAUUUCACAAAAUCAGUAUGAUAUUAAAGCUUAUCAUUGCAAACCACAAAUCAACAAGUCAGGGCAAGCUGCUGAACUUCAGAACUAGUUCAGCUAAAUACUGAUAGGGGUGUGUGUGUGUGUGUUUUUAAUUGGCACCCAAAAGUCUCAUGGGUUGGUGCCAGUCAAAUCUGUGAGAGGUGGGCAUAACACAAUAGGUUACAUCACUCUAUCCAUCCUUGUACUUUCUAUUAUUUUAUAUAGACGAACUCUGUCUCACAUAUACAGUCACAAGCUGUGAGUCCUAAUUUGGAUCAGAAUCUCCACAUCACCUCCACUUCAUUGAAAAGGUGAGAGAAAUCCAUUCUUUCACCACCCUCACUGUGUAUGACAGGUUUACUAAGGGGUGCUAUGGAGUGAUUAAUUAGUGUUAAGUUAACUCAAGUGUGAACUCUUAAGAAGUGGCUAUAAUACACGUACAGCAAACAUGAUGAAACACAUUUAACAAUAGUACUAAGCAUUCAUACUGCAUUUUAGAAGAGCUUUAAUGUUUUUGGUGAUUCCUAAAAAUAUUCUUGUUCAGACGAGCCUAUACAGAUGCUUAGAAAGUUGAGGUAAUUUUAAUCGGCUUUAGUACUUUAACUUUUGUACGUUUUAAAGUAGGGUUGUAAUUUUUUUGUUUGUUUUAUUGUCUUGUCUUUUUGUAAACCACUUUGAGGUUUCUUACAAUCAAGCAAUGUAUAAAUUGUGUGAAAUAAAUUAAGGAAGGAAGACUUAUGGUUUCCAAAAAGGGUAAUUUUUCCUAAAGUUGUGACCAAUUUUCAGGGCACAUUCUGAUUAAGAGACACACCCAAGGUAUUUUUUUGAGGGAAACUAAAACUUGUGAUAAAACUUGUGAACUUUUUCCAGAGGAAUUGGAUCUGCAUAUCUUUUCCAAACUUGGAAAUUAGUGUAGCUGUCUUCUAUCAGAAGCUUUUAUUGUGUCCAUUUCGGUAGAGGCUUCCCAUACAGUUUUCCCUUUCUCUGGGUUCAGACAGCUGCCCAUUCGCACCACCUUCGUUUUCAGGCUUAAAUUAAUAAAUGUGAGCCAUAAUGAUCUGCGGCCUUAAAAACCCCUCAUUGCCUUCUCCUCCUCCAGUUAGUUGUUCAUAUGAGGUACUGACAUAUCAUACCUGGUUGAACAGCUGACUGGCCUUGCGGGUGUGGAGGAACUUAUGAAGAGCUAAUAAUAAAGACCCAUCUGACCAGCACUGCUAUGGGGAAAAUUUGCCUUCCUCCCAUUAAAAACUACUGCCUUCUCCUUUCAUUGUAGUCUCCCCUGACCUGCAACUCCUGUUGUUUCUUCUUUUGCUGACAAGCUGCCACUGUGAGCAGAGAUCGUGAACAUUUAACUCAUGACCGUAUAUAAAAAGUUAUUUCCUAUUGGUACCCAUAAAUUAAUUCCUUCUGAACUGCCAACUGAAAAAAUACUCAUAACAUCUACUUCUGGCAUGCCAGAUGUUUUUAAGAGCUAUAGCCAGCCCUGACUUUCACAGAUUUUUUACAGGUAGAAAUCAUUAGCUCUUGGUUUAGAUGUUACAUUGCUCCCACUAAUGCUAGUUGAUGCCAGUAAUAGAACAACUAAAAGCUGCAACUGAAAGAACAACAAUCAUAAAAGACACCAUACCUCUUUGUUUGUAAACUGUUACAGUUGUGGUGUUUCUGGUGACAAAACUCUGUAACAAAGAGGGAUUCGCCUUUUUGGACUGAGGCUGUCAGUAUUAAUGUCCUGGAUUCUUAAAAACUGAAAAAACAGGAUGGGAUUCACCCAGUGAACCUCAUCCGUGGAAACCUUGCUUGCGCAGUGGGGAUUUCCUCCCUCUCCUUCCCCCUUCCAUGUCCCCAUACACCUGAAAUUGGCCCUGGGGGUGGGUUUGGGAGCACCCCCAAGAAACAGGGCAAGCUUUCUGUUUGGCAAGCUGAAAUGCUUGCACAGGAUUGAAUUCCACCCUUAGCUUUCUUGAGUUCUGGCACCUAUUACUGCAGAAAGUUUCUCUGAGGAGUUUGCUGAGUCAUGCUUAAAAGUCAAAUAAUUGGACGGCAGUGACACAUCUUGUUUAGAAGAAGAGGAAGUAUGAAAAAGCACUUUUGAAUUAUAAAGUGUUAAUGCAUUCCUAAUUGCACUAGAGUUCUUCUUAAGAUGCCCUGUGAAUCAGAUUUUCCCUGUUAUUACAGCAGGGUAGUACAUUUGGUGAGCUUGAAAAGAGAAUGUAUAACUGGUGCAGGUUUUCCCAAAACAAGACCUGACUAAAUAAGAGGGUGGGUACAAAAGCAGCCACAGAUUCAGGGAGAAAACUGAAGCUCCUCCUUAAUGUUUUUUUGAAAGUAUGGAAUUAUAGAUGAGUUUUCAUAAAAAAAUUGUUUAGUGAAGUGUUGAAAGAUGCUUUGAAUUGCUCCGACCUCCAGCCAUCAUCUUCCUUCUGUUGGCCUCUUGAGUAAAAGCGAAUGUGGUCAUUCCUGUUGCUUCUAACACUUUAUAGCUUAUGCAUUUGGUUAAGUCUCUGGACCAAAGUAGAUGAGAUGUUUAGAGAUUCUGAAUGGAAACACGCUCUUCCCCCCAGCAUCACUCGCUUGGUCCCGUUGGGAGCCCUUUGAAUCUGCUUUAAAUUAAAAGAUGGGGAGACCUGCUCUGAAUUGAUAGUAAACCUUUUCAACCCCCCACUGAUAAAUUUUGAGUGUGAAGGAAGCAGCCAUUGGUUAUGCAUGGUAUGUGCCCAUCCAACCUCACCUGUUCACAGUCUCAUUAAAUUGGAGUAUUUCAGGAUUUAGAUAGCCUGCAAUUCUAUCAGUGCACUCCCAUUAGCACUUUGUAUUGUUGUGUAUGUAACAUUACCCCAGUAUAGCUAUGGAAAUACCCUAUUUUAAGCUGCCUAUGUGGUACAGCUUUUAAGAUUCAUCUAUUACUUCCAUUGAGUGCAAUAGGGCCACAUGAGCUUACAUUCUAGCAUUUCAUUCAGAUCUGUGUAUAAUACCUAGUCCACUUGCCCAUGCUCUUCCUUUCAUCCUCAGAAGCGUGUCUUCAGCUACUGUAGCAAAUCUGUCCGCCCCUCCUGUGAAUCAGUGGGAGGCAGAAGAAUAGAGUCACAUGGCAAUUUUCAACAUUGAAACACUUAUCUGUGGCAUGUCAGCUGUCACAUGGUUUGCCCUUUGCUAGCAGAAGCCAACAGGUGCUUCAAAUACCUGUGAAGCACUGGAGAAUGAAUGGGUCAUAAUGUAGAUUUAAUUGCAGUUGCAGCCCUUUUCUUGUUGCUGCUGAAAAGCCGCAGGCCAAGGACUGUGGGCCAAAUUGUUCAUUUGCAAUGCAGACAUUCAUAUUAAUCCAGGCAAGGCAAUAUGAGGGGGUGCUGCUUCAAAAAGUGUUAGAAGGAUUUCUGAACAUCUCCUGCCCUAUGUAAACAAAGUAUGAAAAUACAAGGUGAUCAGUAAUGCUGUUGACAAUUCCCAAGGAGGCCAGCAGCAUUUACUUUAAGUACCAGUAUACAUCAAGGCAAAAUCAGGAUUAUUUACUAAAUUCUAUCAAGCAGUGCGAACAUGUAGGUAAAUGCUUGAAGUUUUAUUUUCUCUCCUAAAUGGCACCAAUCUUCAUAUGUGACUGUCCCUUGGGAGGUAACUGAAGAAAGGCAACAUUACUUGUGACUGAGCAGGUUCCUUUAUACUCUGGCUUUCUUUAAAAUAUUUUUGAAAUCUUAGAACACAGAGUUCUUCCCAGCUUCCUUCAUACAGAGAGGCAAAGCUAUAUAAUUGUGUUAGGAGUUUUGUUCGCAACAAAUCAAAAAUAAUCAUAGUGCUGCUGCUUUGCAAGACAUUUUUGCUCUCUUAAAUUGCAUUAGCUUGGUAAUUUGUAGAAAUACCUCCUGUACCUGUCCUGCCUGAUUUAUGAUGUGGUUUUAUCCAGUCUCUGGGUUGAACACAGCCUGUAUUUUUAUUCUAUUAGCAUGUACCCACUUACAGCUAAAUAAUUUGUGUUAUUGUUUGUUCAGAUUUUAUUCCUCCUGUGUCCCUCAUACUCAGGGUGCAUUAUGACACAGGCACAACCCCCCACACAGAAGACUACAUUAAUUUAAAUGUUACAGUAAGAUUAAAAACUAUAAAACAAAAAUAGUGUCAUGUAACAUUUAUUAUAUUUAUGAUGAUAAAAUUCUCUAGAUGCCAUACAAAUAACAAGAGAAUAAAGACAUUACAACCAAACUACACUGCAGUGAAAACAGAAUAAAUGUAAGGGAGAAAGUAAGCUGAAAAGCAAUAUCCCAUUCUCCUCAGUCUUGCUCCUACCAUUAUUUUGAAAUACUUAUCGACUGCCUUAUUAUAAAAAGCCUCAAAGCAGUGUAUGCAGUAAAAUUAUUGGUAAAAUAUCAUUGCUCUUUAGGGCUAAGGUGAGCUGCUUUUCAAAUCCAGAAAGAAUGGUGAAGGCUCUCUUGCCUUCUCUCAGGACAAUUUAAGUCUGUGGCUUUUGGUAAUUUCUAAAUUGGCAAGCUAUGGUUUGCAGUUGGAUGGCUCACAGCUUAACUAUGGUUUGAACCUUGCCCACAGUAGGGCAUGCUCAAGACAACGAGGUUAACAUCAAGAGUGGUGUGGUGUGGCAAGAUAGCUGGUCUGUCUGAGGUAGUGAGAUGGGGCUCCUUCCUACUGCUAACAAAUCUUUGCAAUGAUUUGUUGUUUUGAGGAGGGAACUGGCAGGGGAAUAAUAGAAUCAUAGAAUUAUAGAUCUGGAACGGACCGUGAGGGUCACCUAGUCCAACACUCUACAAAGCAGGAAUCUUUCUGCCCCACGUGGGUCUUGAACCUAUGACCCUGAGAUUAUGAAUCUCAUGCGCUACCAACUGAUCUGCCAUUGGGGGUUGUAAUCAUUUCUUGCAUGCACUUCUAAUAUGUUGGUGGAGUUUUGGUUUUUUUAGACUUUGCAAAGGAUAAUUGAUUUGUAGCUGUGGAGAAUCAAAGCCUGAAGAAAAAAUCUUUUAAAAUGUUGUGUUAAUAUAAAAAUAUGAUUUUUAAAAAAGGUAAUAGGUAAAGGUAAAGGGACCGCUGACCGUUAAGUCCAGUCGCGAACGACUCUGGGGUUGCGGCGCUCAUCUCGCUUUAUUGGCCGAGGGAGCCGGUGUACAGCUUCCGCGUCAUGUGGCCAGCAUGACUAAGCCGCCUCUGACGAACCAAAGCAGUGCACGGAAACGCUAUUUACCUUCCUGCCGGAGCGGUACCUAUUUAUCUACUUGCACUUUGAUGUGCUUUUAAACUGCUAGGUUGGCAGGAGCAAGGACCGAACAACGGAACCGCCGACCUUCUGAUCGGCAAGCCCUAGGCUCUGUGGUAUAGACCACAGCGCCACCGGCGUCCCUUUAAAAAGAAAAAAGAAAAAGGUAAUACCUGUAACAACAGUAACAGUGAGAGUGAAAAGAUCAGCUCUAGCUGAAUCCUAACUGCUACUUCACGGGGCCUCUAACUGACAGCUGCUACAAGGCACCUGUUCAAAGAAUUUAGGAUUCAGUAUGACCUGUCAGCUUAUCAAAAAACUCGAAAGGUCAGUGCCAGGUUAGAUUUUGGGGACUGCAGAUUCUUGUAGGGUGGAAUUCAACAUUUCAUUUUUCCAGUAGUUCUGUCUGCACAAGUAGUCAUCCUUGCCAGAUGGGACAAUCCUCCCUUCUCCCCUGAACCCUGUUCUCCACCCAGCCGCCCAAGCCAAUUUCAGAAACACAGAGGGCAGAGACGGAGGGAAAUCCAUGUUGCACAAGCAGGAAGUCCUUCAGCUGACGUGGUUGGUUAGCUGAAUCCCAUCUGUAAUUAGUAUUCAGCCAUUAGCAGAACUGCUACUCCAAUUUUUCACUGAAAGUAACUGUGACAAAGAGGCAAAUAAAGCUUUUGAACACCAACAGGCCCCAUUUCUGAGCUUUAUUGCAUGCCCAGUCACUAUGAGUGGGUAUCAGUGACGCAAGAACAUUGCUUUCCCUAUCGCUGCCUAUUUUGUAGAUUCUCUCUUUUAAGCUAUGAUCACACAGUGCUGUUUACAUUCCCUGUGGGAGCUCCUCUUGCUUAAUUUGCUGCCCUAAAUGGGAAAGCUUUUAUGUAAAGCUUAAUUGGAUGUGUGUUUUAGAAAUGGUACAAGAAGAGGUUAAAUGGAUGUUGCAGGAAAUGCAGGUAAAUUGGCCUGGUUGCUGGCGGUUGUUUUAUCCUGCAACAUUUUUCAAAACCAGCUGUUCCGGAACCAGGAAUGAGGAUCCAUCCCCUUCCACAGCAGAAUAAGGUAGUGUCAAGAGAAUAGCAUUUUCUAUGCAAAAGGUACUUUGAACCUGUUUGAAAAAAAUCCCUUGCACUUGGUUUAAUUUCAGAUUCCUAAUACUGGUGUAUCUUUGCUGGUAACACUGGCCUCUUAGCACAUUUCCCAGCGCUUGAAGGAAACUCCCUUGUGGAUUCUAUCUCUCUCAGUCUCAGUCUCCUUCCUAGGCUGGGUACUUAGCAUUGAUUGCUUUGGCUUUAUAUGGCAUUCUCAGAUUCACAGCCUAAUCAAGUAUUCAUAAAUAUUGGUUUUCUCCAUGAAUUUUACAUUUUGAAUGGGAUCCAGUUUCUGCCAUCUCUUAGGCAAUGAUAUAAUGAAGCCUCCAUGAAUUUGCAAACAUGCAACGUGACAAUUUAGUAUUUUAUAAUGAAGGAUAUAAUGAUCAAGGAUUUUUGUGUUUGCGUUGGACAGAUCAAAUACCAACCUUCAGUUCUGUGAGCUCAAGAGAAUGCAUAGACUACCACCAACAAAAACUGUUCCAUAAAAUAACAUUAAUGAGAAUUUAAUCUCUCUUUGGGGUGGGAGGUUAAGCACAAUAACGCCUUUUAAUAUGAGAAUUUUGGAGGUAGCUGGGGUGGGGGGAGAACCAGCUUUGUUGCUCCAGUGUGGAGUUUUCAAGUAUUGAUUUAUUUUUUCAAAGUAAGCUGUUACAAGCUUUACCCUUGUAAAAUUUAUGGUGCAAGUUUUCAACAUUGUAAACCACUCUGGUGGGGCAUAAGCAAAGAUAUAUUUAUUUAUUAUUCUACCUGUGGUUGUAAUUAGAUUAGAACAAUUCAAGAGUAGCAAUUUGUUGUCUGUCUGCGAAGACGUCCUAAACAAUCCAUUCUGUGCGUUUGAUUGUGUUUGCACUAAACUGUUAUUACUAUGAUUAUGAUUGGGGCUGCUUUGUGCUAGAUUUUAUAUGGAUGUGUGUCUCACUCCCAGCAGGAUCCUUUAAAAUUGUAUACAAGAAAAAUACUUCAUUAUUCUCUCUUCUCCCCACUAACUGGAUACAAGGCAGUGCCUACUGUCAGUCGGUUGAAAAGACACAAUAAGCAUUCUGAUUGGUACAAUUAACUUUUCUCUAUUUUACACAUUGCCGUCACUUGGCUACUGAAUUUGAGACUGUGUAAAAACAUCAGCAUACAUACACAGAGUUCCUAUUGGAACAACUAGUCUGCAAAUAACAAAUAAUUACUAUGCUGUCCUUAUUCUGAAAGUAUGUGUAAUAUCUGCAUUAAGUAAUUGAAAGGUAAUUUGCUUUUUAAGAUGUUAGUUCAAAUGACUGUAAGGAAAGACGAAGGAGUACUAAAGAGCAAGAAAUGUGUGUAAUGUCUCUUGACUCGUAUCUGAAAUAUGGGUGUGUUACUCUAUGCUUUAUUUAGAACGCACAGAUGAUUGACAUGAAUAGCUGUAUCCUUCAUGUUGCCUGUGGCAGCAUUACUGUGAAGAGAUUAAGUAGGCCUUAGGUAAGAAUUGUAAUCUAAUGGAAGAAAGAACUGGAAAAUGACAGGGUGUUUUUUUUUAAAAAAAAGGGGGGGGACCUCCACUAUCAGUUCUCUAGUCUGUACAGUGGUUCCUCGGGUUUUCCUGCUUGGCAGGGGGUUGGACUCGAUGGCCCUUGUGGUCUCUUCCAACUCUAUGAUUCUAUGAUUCUAUGAUUCUAAGUACUUAAUUCGUUCCGGAGGUCCGUUCUUAACCUGAAACUGUUCUUAACCUGAGGCACCACUUUAGCUAAUGGGGCCUCCUGCUGCCGGCGUGCCACCGGAGCACGAUUUCUGUUCUCUUUUUUUAUAUAUAUAAUAAAUUUUAUUAAUUUUCCAUACAGUUAUACAUUUUUAUCCAAAGUACAUCCAAUUGUCUCUUUUUUGAACUUCCUUCAGCGUCUCUGACAAUCAUCCGUAUUUAUAACUUUAGUUACACAUUCCCUUCUUUUGUAUUGCCAUUAUAUUCCCCUUCUCCACUAUUCCAUAUAAACAAUCCUUCUCUAUUUUUACAGUGCCUCUUGAAGUCCCACUAGCGUUGUGUUCAUGCCACAUGUAUUUUUCAGAUAAUCUACGAACUUUCCCCAGUCUUCGAUGAACUUUUGGUCUUUAGUAUAUCUGAUUUUCCCAGUUAAUUUAUCCAAUUCCGCAUAGUCUGUCAAUUUCAGUCUCCAUUCUUCUAUCGUCGGUAUUUCCUCUUGUUUCCAUUUCUGGGCCAACAAGAUUCUGGCUGCCGUUACUGCAUAUUGGAAGAGUUUAUAGUCUUUUCUUCUUAUAUCCUUUCCUACAAUCCCUAAAAGAAAAGCUUCCGGUUUUUUUACAAAGGUGUAUCUUAACAUUUUCUUCAUUUCAUUAUAUAUCAUUUCCCAAAAGCUUUUCACUUUCUUACAUUCCCACCACACAUGAAAAAAAGUCCCUUCUUUUUCUUUACAUUUCCAACAUUUGUUACACAUCUUAUACAUCUUUGCUAACUUUACAGGUGUGAUGUACCAUCUGUAGAACAUUUUCAUAACAUUCUCUUUCAAUGUCAUACAUGAGGUAAAUUUUAUAUUCUCUUUCCACAGUUUUUCCCAUUCAUCAAAUUGAAUAUUGUACCCAAAAUCUUUUGCCCACUGUAUCAUUACCGAUUUAACCUCUUCAUCUUUCGUAUACCAUUCCAACAAUAUCUUAUACAUUUUUGACAGAGUUUUAUAUUCAUUGUUUAUUAUAUCUGUUUGAAAAUUAGAUUCUUUUUCUACAUACCCCUUUUCUUUCAGAUCUUUUUUAAACAUUUCAUUUACUUGAAGAUAAUGCAGCCAAUCAUAUACAUGAUCUUUAACUUGUUCAAAUGGUUUCAAUUUCCAUUUAACUCCUUCUUUAAUUACCAAUUCACCAUAUGUACUCCAUUUACCUCUCAUAUUAAUUUUCUUAACACUCAUUACCUCCAGCGGAGACAACCAAUGUGGGACUUUUGGCUCCAAUAUAUUUUUGUAUCUAUCCCAUACUUCUAUUAAAGAACUCUUGAAGAUGUGGUUUCCAAAGCCCUUAUGUACUUUCUUCUUGUCACACCAUAAAUACGCGUGCCAACCAAAUCUGUUAUCAAAACCUUCGAGAUCUAAUAAUUCCUUGUUUUCUAAUUUUAUCCAUUCUUUUAACCAACAUAGGCAAGCUGCUUCGUAAUAUAAUUUCAAAUCUGGCAGGGCGAAGCCACCUCUUUCUUUUACAUCUGUCAAUAACUUAUUCUUGGCUUCUUCCCCUGCCAGAUAUACCUUGAAAUCACUCUUUGCCAUUCUUUAAAAAUUUCUAUACCCUUUAUAAUGGGUAUAGUCUGAAAUAAAAAUAACAUCUUUGGCAGCACGCUCAUCUUUAUCAUAGAUAUCCUUCCCCAGAAGGAUAGCACGAUUUCUGUUCUCAUCCUGAAGCAAAGUUCUUAACCCGAAGUAAUAUUUCUGGGUUAACAGAGUCUGUAAUCUGAAGCGUAUGUAACCUGAAGCGUAUGUAACCUGAGGUACCACUGUAUUAGUAUAGUCAGUUCUUACUUAGCAUAUAAAAUGGUUGGAGAGCAUAGUGUUCUCUGCAUGAUAUUUUUGGAUAUAAAAUGCAAAGUUUUUUUUCCUGGAAGACUUCCUGUCUACUUAGAUUGUGGGCCCUCGCUGCACUAUACAGUAUAUUUAAAAGAUUGUCAAUCCCUUUUAUCAGUUGUUACUUCCUCCAAAGAAUCCUGGGAAUUGUAGUUUGUUAAGGGUGCGGAUAAUCAUUGGAAGACCUAUGUUGUCCUUACAUAGCUGCAAUUGGUAGAGUUCCCUGGAAGGAUUUAUAAACCACUUAUGAGUUUCCCUCAGACUAGAAUGUUGCUUCCUUGUGACCAUAUAGGAUCAGAGCAGAGCAGCAAGUUAAAAUGGACCCUGUUCCUUGUUUUGCAAUUGACCAGCUUCAUUGUUUUAAUUACCGUACUUCUUUUAACAGCCUGAUUCAAAGUUCCAUGUGUGCUUCCAUAGUCAUUAGGAAAUGUUCUGUCCAUUUUAAUUAUUGUUAGCCAUCUGCAAAACCAGUCUCUAAAAGCAAUAUACUUUUAGAGACAGAUUAAACCUAGGCAUUUCUACUUGGAAGUAAAUCCCAUUGUGUUCAAUAGUGCUUACUCCCUAUGCCUGCUGCCGUUUCCAAGUUGCAGAGUUCUGGAUUAACAUAACUAAGAAUUGCAAAUUAGUGAUGGAUCAGUGUCUUCUUGUUGUAUAGUAAAGGUGCCUAUAGCUGCAAUCCUAUAGACCCACUUGCCUGGAAGAAUCUGACAGAAGUUUAUAACCUAUUCAAUUAUUUUAAGAAUCCUGCAUUGUUUUGUUUUGUUGCAAGGUGAGAAGCAAUAGGGUGCAAUGGGAUAAUAUCAUGCAUUAAUCCUGGCUGAGACCCUACCUGCUCGCAUACUGUCUCGCCAGAGUGGUGCAUGCUCUGGUUAUUUCCCACUUAGACUACUGCAAUGCGCUCUAUGUGGGCUACCUUUGAAGGUGACCUGGAAACUACAACUAAUCCACAAUGUGGCAGCUAGAAUGGUGACUGGGAUUGGCCACCAGAACCAUAUAACACCAGUCCUAAAGGAUCUUCACUGGCUCCCAGUACGUUUCUGAGCACAAUUCAAAUUGUUGGUGCUGACAUUUAAAGUCCUAAAUGACCUCAGUCCUGUAUACCCAUAGGAGCGUCUCCACCCCUAUCACUCAGCCCGGACACUGAGGUCCAGCUCCAAGGGCCUUCUGCUGGUUCCCUCGCUGCGAGAAGUGAAGUUACAGUCAGAGGGCCUUCUCGGUAGUGGCACCCUCCCUGUGGAAUGCCCUCUCUUCAGAUGUCAUAAACAACUAUCUGACUUUUAGAAGACAUCUGAAAGCAACCCUGUUUAGAGACGUUUUUAAGGGUUGAUGUUUUUAGAUAUGUUAUAAGCCUCCCAGAGUGGCUGGGAAAGCCCAGCCAGAUGGGCGGGGUAUAAAUAAUAAAAUUAUUAUUAUUCCGUCACCCUUUUUAGUAGAAAAGAUGCUAUGUGAAUAAAGAAGUCAGAUCAUGAAUAAGUAAUAAAAAGUAUUCCCAUUGCUGUAGUUCAUGGUAACCUAUCAAAUUUUAUAUUCUAGCCCUAGUGAGGAUUAAAGGCUUCUUGCCUUUUUCAUGCAAAAGUGGAUAGAUUUCAGAGUGCCCUUUCUCUUUCAGUGGGUUGGCACAGUAAGCUCAUUUUACAUUUUCUGACAUUUGCAUCUUUUCAUACUUCAAGGGGAUAAAGGUCCCUUCUUACAGAAAUCUCUGCAGAGGUCUGUAUGUGGCAUCUUUUCUUUUUGUAAAGGGUACUUAAUAUUUCUAUAGUAAAUUUAAUAACAUUUUGAAUCCAAGCAGAAUGGGAGGUGAACAGCAGGUGCAGAGAAACGUCCAGCAUGAAUGUAUUUGCUGUUUUCAAACAAGCGGCUUCCUUCUUGGCGUAAACUCAAUAGCAACUCAGCAAUCUGCAGACAACCUUUUUUGGCUCAUAAAGUGGGAAACUUGAAACAUGGUACUUAGCUUUACAGAAAAAUAUUAGUGUUUUAUUCUGAGCUAUAGUAUUAAUGCUGGACUGUGUACUUUCUGCAGUAUAGCACUCCAGGUUCGGAGAAAAUUAUCCAAAAUAACCAUAAUUACACAGGUGUGUGCAGCCCAUGGUCUGUUUGUCCCAGGAUCCGCUGUGAAAUUAUUAAAUAGAGCACAUAUUCUGCCUGCAGAAAAUCCCAGAUUCGGUUCCAGUUUUUCCAGGGAUGGCUGGGAAAGUUACAUGGAGUUUUGCUGCCAGGGAGUAUAAGCAGUACUGAGCCAGAGGAAACAGUGGUCUGACUUGAUAUAAGCCAGCUGCUUACAUUCCUAUUAUUUGGGGCAAAGACUGAAAGAAUGGAGGGUACGUGGAUGGGUGGACUUUAACGGCAUGUUCCAGGAAAUAGGAGGCAGUGUAAUGUAAGGUAAAAAAAAGCUGAAAAUGCCUUUGAAAUUUCACUUCCUGGCCAUGAGAAAUGUUACUUGCUUCUCAUCUGGCUUCUUCCACUAGGUAUUGCCGAUGUGUUAGUUUUCUGUAUCCGUGAAGCAAGGUAAGCGGAAUUUUGUGCUAUAUAUCCAAUUCCACAUGUGUUGCAAUCCCACAGAUGCACUUGCUGUUGGCUAUACUUCUCUUCCCCCUCACCCCCAUUACAAGUAGCUUGCUGCAGUGUAAUGUGGAAAGUUUAUGAAGGCUGGUUCCCAAAUGACUUGCUGCUCUUAUCCAUGCCUUUCCCAUGCGGUUCACUGUUUACUUACAGUUUGCUUAGGUGUGUGUGAAAAUUGUCCCGUUCAUAGUUAAUGUAGGUAGGCCAGAAUUGUGUGGGAUUGCUGUCUUGCCAAAGGGAAAGGGGCUCUUUUUCAAGGCAAUAAAAGAAACCCCAAGUUGAUCCUUUAUCAGGGGGUUAUUUGCUAUGCAAGAAUAGAAAGCAAAGCAUUAAAGAGACGAGACCUCAUGGCUCUUUUGAGUUGCUGGAAAAGCUCCUCCAGAACAGCAAAACAGUCUCUCACUUUGUCUGUCUGUAGCUGGCAUUGGGAUCUCCCGUUAAGCAAGGGCAUUACUGGGCUUUAUCCUAUUUUUAAUAUCAGUUGAUGAGCAAUGGGAGGAGUGCAGAAAGAAGAACCGCCAUGGUGCAUCUGCAGCAGCACAACCGGACGCCUUCAUCUGCCCCAGCUGCAACAAAACAUGUCUCUGCAGCCACAGCAGGCGCUGCAACCUCCCAACCAUUUGACUUCGCCUGCAAAGGCACUCUCCCCCAAGUCAGAUGGAUGCCAACUAUGAUGAUCUCAUCAAAUUUUUCCACUCUCCUAACUGGUGGCUUCAAAUGACUGGCAAGUCACCAAGAGUUAUGGCUCUCCAGUCCCUUAUCUUAUCCUUGGUGUUUUGUAGUGCUAAUUAUAUUGCCAGUAGAAGGUAGGAAUGCCAAGGUGCAUUGAAUCCGCUCACUUGGGGAAGUGGGGGGGGGGAGCAUAAGUGUGACAAACAGGCAGCCGGUUCUUGUAUACAUAAAAGAGCUAAGGGAAAGUAACGCAUCUUUGUAGUUCAGAUUUCUCCUUUCUCUGUUUGUGUGUGUAUUUCUAAGUUGUCUUCCACUUCAAUGUUUAAUGCUGUUUAGUAACUCUUUAGUGCUCUCUCUCCUUUCUGCUUUGCAUUCCCUCCUUUGAGAAAGACAACAAUGGAUGACAAUGGGACCGUGUUCCUUAAAUGUGUUUUCUGAAAACGUGGAAGCGUUUAAAGUUUAAACUACUGCUUUUACUCUUCCUUAUGGGGAGGAAUAAGGAGCCUAAAUGCUAUAAAUUGGACCUCUGGGGAUGCUCACACUCUUAGAUCUUAAGCGGAUAGGGCUGGGAGAAAGGAGUUUGAAUUUCACACAGAUACAUAUAAAAAUGCAGUCAGUAAAAAUUUGUUUUCUUCCUGACAGUAGUAUGACCUAGUAUUGUUGAAAACCUCCUUAAACACAGCAGAGAGACUGCAAUCUCCUGGGAAAGUAAGGUCACUGGUUUGAAGCAGUGCAUGAACCACAUCUGCUGACCUUGAUGUACCACCAUAGAAAAUGAGAAAGACAAGGGGAGGGGGAGGAAAGCUUUCAUAGGCCAUCUCAGCCUUCGCCGACUAUUGCAAAAGCAAAGAUGGUCUGCUGGUAACAGUCACAAGGUAGCUAUGCCACACCAGUUUCCAAGGAGAUAGGACAAAUGCCUUGAUUUCAGCAAGGCAUUUGACAAGGUGCCCCAUGAUAUUCUUGUAAAGAAGCUGGUAAAAUGCGGUCUUGACUAUGCUACCACUCAGUGGAUUUGUAACUGGCUGACUGACCAAACCCAAAGGGUGCUCAUCAAUGGUUCCUCUUCAUCCUGGAGAAGAGUGACUAGUGGGGUGCCACAGGGUUCUGUCUUGGGCCUGGUCUUAUUCAACAUCUUUAUCAACGACUUGGAUGAUGGACUCAAGGGCAUCCUGAUCAAAUUUGCAGAUGACACCAAACUGGGAGGGGUGGCUAACACCCCAGAGGACAGGAUCGCACUUCAAAACGACCUUGACAGAUUAGAGAUCUGGGCAAAAACAAACAAGAUGAAUUUUAACAGGGAGAAAUGUAAAGUAUUGCACUUGGGCAAAAAAAAUGAGAGGCACAAAUACAAGAUGGGUGACACCUGGCUUGAGAGCAGUACAUGUGAAAAGGAUCUAGGAGUCUUGGUUGACCACAAACUUGACAUGAGCCAACAGUGUGACGCGGCAGCUAAAAAAGCCAAUGCAAUUCUGGGCUGCACCAAUACGAGUAUAGCAUCUAGAUCAAGGGAAGUAAUAGUGCCACUGUAUUCUGCUCUGGUCAGACCUCACCUGGAGUACUGUGUCCAGUUCUGGGCACCACAGUUCAAGAAGGACACUGACAAACUGGAACAUGUCCAGAGGAGGGCAACCAAAAUGGUCAAAGGCCUGGAAACGAUGCCUUAUGAGGAACGGCUAAGGGAGCUGGGCAUGUUUAGCCUGGAGAAGAGGAGGUUAAGGGGUGAUAUGAUAGCCAUGUUCAAAUAUAUAAAAGGAUGUCACAUAGAGGAGGGAGAAAGGUUGUUUUCUGCUGCUCCAGAGAAGCGGACACGGAGCAAUGGAUCCAAACUACAAGAAAGAAGAUUCCACCUAAACAUUAGGAAGAACUUCCUGACAGUAAGAGCUGUUUGACAGUGGAAUUUGCUGCCAAGGAGUGUGGUGGAGUCUCCUUCUUUGGAGGUCUUUAAGCAGAGGCUUGACAACCAUAUGUCAGGAGUGCUCUGAUGGUGUUUCCUGCUUGGCAGGGGGUUGGACUCGAUGGCCCUUGUGGUCUCUUCCAACUCUAUGAUUCUAUGAAAUACCAUUACCCCUGUGAUUCUCUCCGAGCUGUCGAGGAGAGAGGAUGCAUUUUCUGCUCCGGCAGAGGCAAGAUGUCUUUCUGUAAUAUACCAGCUUUGAACUGUAAAUAAAAGCAAUAUAGAGUAUGUAGCACGUAUUCCUCAUCCUUCCGCUGGGCACGAGACUCUGCUUAAAUCAACACGUGGUUAUGGGCUCCAGAAGUCGAAUCGGAGUGCCGGCAAAAGGAUCGGAAUGCAGAGGGACAGAUCGGAACGGAAUCUGCUCUGCGCGUAGAAGUGAUUGAUGAGGUAUGUGCUACUGCUCCGGGCAGCCUGCCAGCUUCAAGUUAAUGGCUUUAUGGCUGGACUUUGAACUUUGAUUUAAAGCAGAGUCUUGUGCCCAGCGGAAGGAUGAGGAAUACGUGCUGCAUACUCCUUAUUGCUUUAUUUACAGUUCAAAGCUGGUAUAUUACAGAAAGACAUCUUGCCUCUGCCGGAGCAGAAAAUACAUCCUCUCUCCUCGACAGCUCGGAGAGAAUCACACAGUGAAAAACAGGAAACCAGUGUACGUCACAUCCAGUCUCCCUUUCCCGUGAGAAACUCCAACAGUACAGACUGUGGAAUGUAAACACCUGUCUCGUGACAAGCAGAGCUGCACAGUGAAGGAAAGCAGAAACCAACAUCCUCCCCCUUUCUGUGAACAUCACUGGGCAGCGUGGGAGUACAGUAUCAGUACAAACCCAACUUCUGCACAUAGGUACAGUGUUGAUCCCUCGAUACAAUCUUGGACAAUACAUCAGCAGGAAUUUCAUUACCUGGCAUAUAGGACACCGUUACGAGUCCCUUCUGAAUACAUUCCCUAGCAUGCUGCAAUUUUAAUUGCAAGUGCUUUGUGCUUUGCUUACAACCUUCAGACUUCAGCAAAGCCAAACAUGCUUUGUUGUCCUGGUAAACCUGGAUUGGACAUUUGACAGGAAUUUUCAUAUCUUUGCACAAUUGUACUAACCAUUCACAAUCCUUAAGUGAAUAAGACAGUGCAUUCAGUUCGGCUUCACAAGUACUUAAGCUAACUGUUGUUUGCUUCUAGCAUGACCAAUCAAACAGACUCUGAUUGUACAUGUAGCAAACUCCAGACGUACUUUUCCUGUCUGUAGCUGUCACUUCCAAAACUUGCAUCUGCAAAUAUCUCAAGACCACCAGACUUCUGAUUGUUAAAUCUCAGUCUGUAAUGCAUAGUGCCUUUCAAAUACCGCGCUAUGCGUUUCAGAGCUUUCCAAUCCUUGACACUAGGAUUGUUGACUUGUCUGCUUAGCAAAUUACAGCUAACAGCAAUGUCUGGUCUUGAACAUCUGGCAAUGAAGUUUAGCUUGCCUAGCACACUCCUGUACAGUGUAGUGUCAGAAAAUGCUUCUUCAGUGUCAUCUACCUGAUAACCUGUUGUCAUCGGUGUGUUUACAGGGUUAGCAUCCAUCAGAUUUAGUUUGCUUAACACAUCAGCAAUUUUCCGUGACUGGUGUACUAGAAUGUUACCAUCUUGAUCUCUCUCUAUUUCCAGAGAUAGGUAGUUGUUUACCUCACCAAGAUCUUUCAUGUCAAAGUGCUCUUUCAGUUGAGCUAGGGCGCUAUUGUACAUUGCAACAUCUUUCCAAAAGAAUAAUAAAUCAUCAACAUAAAACAAACAGUACAGUUUCUUUUGCCCCUCCUCUUGACAAAUACACAUGGAUCAGCUUUCCUUGCUGAAAACCUAGAGAAAACAAUACUUCAGUGAGUUUUGUGUGCCAACACCGUGCACUUUGUUUGAGACCAUAAAGGGAUUUCUUCAGAGCACAAACAAAUCCCUGUUUUACCUGUACGCCAUCAGGUGGAAGCAUAUAAAGUGAUUCAUCUAGAGAUCCGUACAGAAAAGCUGUAUUAAUAUCAUGGUGACUAAUGUGUAGAUUUUCCUCUGCAGCUAGCUUAAGCAUAAGCCUAAUGCUUUCAUAUCUCACUGUGGGUGAAUAGGUCUCGUGAUAGUCUUCACCUGGUACCUGUGCAAAACCUCUGGCUACCAAUCUGGCUUUGUGUCUGACUAUCUUGCCAUUUUGAUCUGUCUUCGCUUUGAAGACCCAUUUGCUUCCAAGCAGUUUCAUUCCUGGAACUACUGGAACUAGCUCCCAUGUUUUGUUCCUUUCUAAGGAAUCAAGCUCAGCCUUCAUGGCAUUUAACCAUGGCUCAGCUUCCUUUGAAUCCAAACCCUGGAUUUCUUGGAAACUUGAAGGUUCAAAUACCUUCUUGGAGCUUUUAACAGCUGUUACUGCUAUCGUAGCAAACUCAUCAGCAAAUCUCUUUGGAGGUUUGCAUUUUGUGGCUCUCUGUGACCUACGAAUUAGCUUUAAGUCUUCAACACUCUCCUCUUCCUUCUUAGGAGAAAAACGACCUAUUGUGAACAAUGGUUCCUCCAAUUCUUGAUCAGAGCUUUCAGAGGGUCGCAUAGAGGCUUUCGCACUCUCGAAAUCCUCUGAAUCACCCGAUUCAGUUUCAGAUUCAGACUCAGAACUUUCAUCAGUGGGUGUGGGCUGUUGUGGUUGCUUUUGACUAUCCUCAGUCUCAUCACCGUCAUCAGGAUAACAUUGGAAAAUUCCCACAUUCUCCCCCCACUUUGCAUUGUACUCAACACUUCUCGUGAGCUUAAUUGUCUUGGAGUCGGUCAUCAUUAUUCUGUAAGACCCUUUCUGAUAACCUAGAAAGAUACCAUGCAAUCCACGCUUGUCUAACUUGGAGUUUUGUGGUGAGCGAACCCACAUGUCAGAACCAAAAUCUUCAUGUGUUUGAUGUAUGGCUUCUUGCCAACCAUCUUCACAUAGGCCGUACAACCAAUCGCUGAAGAUAACCUGCGAUUGUAACUGUAAACAAAACACGAGAGAGAUUCGGCCCAAUAACUCUCUGGAAGAUUGGCAUCAUGCAGCAAGGUUUUUAAUCCUUGAAGCAAAGUCUGAUUUGCCCGUUCCGCAAGUCCAUUCUGCCAUGGCGAGCGAGGACUAGACAAAUCGUGUUGAAUUCCUUUCUCAGUCAGAUAAGCUUCAAACUGCUGAGAAGUGAAUUCCCCCCCGCGAUCACUGAAAAGAGUCUUUAUCUUCUUACCAUGCACAUUUUCCAACCAAGCGCAGAAUUCCUUGAACCUAGGAAAAGCCUCCGAUUUCUGCUUGAGAUUGUACACAAAAAUAUAUCUAGAAAAUGCAUCAAUGAGAACCAUGAAGUAUCUAUUUCCACCCAAAGAGGGCGCUAGUGGUCCAACCAAAUCAGCAUGAACAACCUGGUAUGGUUCUGUAGCUUUCCUACUAGACACCUUACCUUUCGCAGCCAUUUUCACUUUGUUUGCUGCGCAUGCUUUGCACUUCAUGUGGUACCUGCAGGGUUUAAUAGUCAUACCUUCAACCAAGGCAGGCAUUUUAGAUACUGCCUCAAAAUGCAAAUGACCAAAUUUUCGAUGAAAAUCGUGAAUACAUUCUGCAUGCAAGCUUUUGUUAGAACCUGCAAUGCAACAAGUGUCAUCCUGCACCACAUCAUCAUAAUACAAAACAAACAAAUGAUCAACAUAUUCUGCAUGCAAUACAUAAUCAUUUUUCUUUGUGAUGAUGCACUUCUUGUUCUUGAAGGAAACGUCAAUGUUCCGCUCAUUCAGCUGUCCAACGCUGAGCAGAUUAUGUUUGGCGCCUGGCACGUAAAGCACAUUCUGUAUCGAUAAGUCCAAACUGUGAAGAACAACAGUUCCGUAGCCUUUACUGGGAAUAGUGUGGUCAUCCGCCUGGUGAAUCGCACCUUCCUGCGGUGUAAAAGACACAAACAGUUUCUUAUCGUUGCACAUGUGGUGGGUGGCCGCUGAAUCAACAACGAAGAAAGAUCUAGACGUUUUCUGGACCUCUGCAACCUUUGGAGUGAAGCGUGAAACCAUAGCCUUGUGCUGCGUUGUCCUAGACACCGGACCUUUGCCUUUGCCUCGGCCUUUUCCGCGCGAUGAGCUUUCGCUGCGCUGCUCUGUCUUGGCCCUGGGAUGUCUGCAUUCCCUCUUCACAUGGCCUAGACGUCCACACGAGUAGCAUUUCACUGCCUUCAAAGCUUUGGCGCCAUCUGGUGGUUCCACUGCACUAUGGGAUGACGUCUGUGAAGACUCCCCCUUGCCCAUGCAGCUAGCACCCCGGCGAUCUGCUUCAUUUAAAAUCACGGCAGUAACAAAGUCCACUGUCAGCUGAGCAGUUGAGUAAAACAUAGUGGAUCCAGCUUCUGUCCUUAAGUGAGCCUCUCUCAAAGCGUCCCAAAUUUCUCUGGCUGAUGUCUUAUCACGCAAUAGACAGAGCUCUUCUGGGGAUACUAUCAAUGUAAGAGUUCCCCUUGCUUUGGAAUCCUUAGCUUCCCAUGCAUCUGUAACUGGAACUGGGGGGGUUUCUGUAAUCACCUCAAACAAACCCUCUUUCCGCAGAAUUGCCUCUGCAUACAGAACCCAGUCGCUGUAAUUCUUCUUGUUGAGCUUAGGAAUCCCACAAGCAUCCUGAAGGGCCAUCAUGACUCUGGCAUUAGCCUUCAGCGUCAUAUAUUGCUUUAAUUCUUGCUGCGUCACUGCUGCAGCUGCCUUUUUCCAAAAGCGCACUUAAAAGUUACUUUCGAUUUCCCCAGCAUAGUGACUUGUGCCUGGGAGCCUUUUGCCUAUUCCCGGCAAAACCGGCUUUAAAAGUUCAAAGUCCAGCCAUAAAGCCAUUAACUUGAAGCUGGCAGGCUGCUCGGAGCAGUAGCACAUACCUCAUCAAUCACUUCUACGCGCAGAGCAGAUUCCGUUCCGAUCUGUCCCUCUGCAUUCCGAUCCUUUGCCGGCACUCCGAUUCGACUUCUGGAGCCCAUAACCACGUGUUGAUUUAAAGCAGAGUCUUGUGCCCAGCGGAAGGAUGAGGAAUACGUGCUGCAUACUCCUUAUUGCUUUAUUUACAGUUCAAAGCUGGUAUAUUACAGAAAGACAUCUUGCCUCUGCCGGAGCAGAAAAUACAUCCUCUCUCCUUGACAGCUCGGAGAGAAUCACACAGUGAAAAACAGGAAACCAGUGUACGUCACAUCCAGUCUCCCUUUCCCGUGAGAAACUCCAACAGUACAGACUGUGGAAUGUAAACACCUGUCUCGUGACAAGCAGAGCUGCACAGUGAAGGAAAGCAGAAACCAACAGAUAUGGUGAAGAUUAGAAUUUCCAGGCAUUACGAUAGUAGAAUUAUAUGCCCCCUCCCCUCUGCCUUAAUAUUUAGAAACUCUCCUGUAUGAUAUAAAGGAGAUUCUGAUUAUCUGCAAGAAUAAGUGGGACACAUAGCCCCCAAAAUUUGUGUUUACUGUCAAUGUAGCUGAGCUGUGGCCUUUACAGCUGUUGAGGUGCUGGUGCACUGCUGUGAUUCUUUUGAAAAGUGAGCUUGUAAGAAAAAAAAUCGCCUUUACCUUGAAGAUUAACAAAGGCCUGAAAACUGUAGAGUUCCAUUGAAGCUUCUGUACAUUUGGGCAGCCGGGGUCUGUUGCAGGGAGGUGCAAGUUCCUGACUCCGAGCCAAGACAUAACAGCCUGCAGGAAUAUAUUUAGGCCUAGAUAAAUAGGUUCAGAGGAGCUGAACUGCACCAAGGAAGAUGUAGCAAGGUUGAGGGUAAAUAACAAGUGUUAGUAAUAUGAAGGCGGCUCCAUAGGAAUAGAGUAUUUUAACGCUGGAGAGACAACUGCUUGGAACACUCAUUACCUGAGGCAACUCUACUCCAAGGAUGCCGCAAGGGACUUAAUAGGUAUGAAUAGUGAAAGGAAUAGGGCCUGCCUGGUGUGAAUCAUAUACUCAGUAAUCAAAGGGAUUGCUUGCAAACCAUUGCCUUGUCAGCAGCACUAUUUAGUCAUAGUAAAAUGUGUGUGUGUAACUAUGAAACACAUCAGCAUAAAAGAAAUAACAGGAAUAAAAAAGGAAUGUGCUGAAAGAGCAAAGCAUUUCAUUUUACUGAUCCGUUAGUGUCUCCUAAAUGCAUGACUACAAAUCUACCCUCAAGAGAUCAGUGGUGUGUGGUGAAAUUUUUCAUAGGGGACAGUUAGGGCCACAGGCACCAGCUUGUGAGGGUGAUUCAGGGAGGGCGAUAUCCUAACAUCCCACGUUUGGGCACCACGCCUCCCUCCCUAAUCUGGGCAGAAGCUCCCUGGGCUUUGGGAAGUAGGCACCAGGGCUCUGACAAGAUGCUAGAGCCCUGCUGCCUCAUUCCCAAAGCCAGGUGGGCUUUGGGAAGGUGGCCAGAGGGCUCUUGCACCCCAUCAGAGCAUCACACCUCCCUCCUUAAGCUGGGCAGGAGCUUCCUGGACUUUGGGAAGGAGGCACCAAGAUUUAAUAGUCUAAUUUACUGAGAAUAUUUGGGAGACCAGCCUAGUCCCCCUAGUCCACUGAUUGCAUGCCACUGCCAGAUACACACACACACACACACACACACACACACUUCUUCUUGAUUUGCUCACUUUCUGUAGGUGGGGAGCUUGCAUCUUUUGUUGUUUGCUUGAGUUGUGCGUUCUUUUCCUUCUAAUGUUAAGUGCCUCGUGAACCAUUUCCGAUAGAGGGGCAGAAAAUAAAAAUAAACAAAUGAAAUAGUGAGUCGUUUUGCAAAGCUUCUUGUAGGGCAUCCUUACAACGCUUCAACUGUCUCUUCACUGCUGCCGGAACCCCAUUGGUGUAGAACUCCUAUUGCUGGGGUCACAGUUUCCCAGAAGUUACUGAGAGGAGAUUACUUUCCCUUCUUCCUCACUCUAGAACAGGCAUAGGCAACCUCGGCCCGCCAGAUGUUUUGGGACUACAAUUCCCAUCAUCCCUGACCACUGGUCCUGUUAGCUAGGGAUCAUGGGAGUUGUAGUCCCAAAACAUCUGGUGGGCUGAGGUUGCCUAUGCCUGCUCUAGAAGCUAGCAGUUCCAUUGCAGUAGUUGCAGUAGUUCUCAGAAAUCACCUUCCACACCUAUAGCUAAACGUAGUGGGGGUUCAGGGGGUACUUGAGGAUAUGCAGCACCCGCACCUCUUUUUGUUGUUGUUAAAAAGUGUGGCAUUUACUGUAAAAACUUCAUGGUAUCUACUGGCACCUAUUUUUCUAGGAAAAAAGCACUGGCUAAAUAUAUAGAUGCAGGAAAGAGGCCACGCCUCCUGGCCCCACCUGCAACAUCACACCUCUUGAGCCCUAGGUAUCUGUGAAGAAAGGAAGAUGCUUUCAACAGUAUAUAUGAAGACUUGCCCAUUACAGACAUCAUACACCAUGCCUAGACGUCAUGGGGGAAGAGAGCACAUCGUCAGGGAUGGGGCCAGGAAUGAGGCUGUGGUUGUAUAAAUCUCCCAGGCUCUUGUUCAGUGCACGGGGCAUUGCUUGACAAAGAGCAGUCUCAUUUCCCACACAGUUUUAUGAUUUUAUUUUUAAUCGUUCUUUAGCAGCUGAGCAGCCUUCCUCUGUCCCGCAUGGCCGUUAGUAGCUCUCCUUUAAAAAUACCUGCAAGGCUCUCUUUCUCUCCCCACCUGCACCCCACUGCUGCCUUUCCCCAAGUAGCGCUUCACUGCUUGUGAAUGUUUUCUGUAUAUUUGGUGCAGCACAUAUUUAAGAAGCUCUGCAAAAAUCUCUGUAAAUGGCUGUUUCUUUUAGCCUCUUUCUGUUGUUUCUCUCUGUAGUAACCCAGAUGUGUCAGCAUGGCUACAAGAUAAGAUAAUAGUAGGAUUUUGUGAAAGGUGAGCAAAUUGCCUAUUCUGUCAGUUCCCUGUGACUUAGAACACCCCAGGAAAAUAAGAGGGAGAAGCUUUGCUGGAAAAAAACAGCAAAACAGGUGAGCCAUUUGGAGGCUUCCAGGUUAAAGAACAAUUUGAAAGAGGGAUGGUUGUUACCCAAAAUUAUAGACUGUGGGUUGUUAUAGCCAUCGGGUUUUUGGAAACAUGGAAAUACUUUUGACUUCCACUUACCAUGUGCAAUACAAAAGGCCUUUCUUCUUUCUGUUGCCGCUUAGUCACCAGCAAGGAUUGUUGUACUGCCUUGGGAGGUCCCUGCUAAAAUUUAUUUGAGGGCCUUGUGAAUGAGUACCCAAAUAAAAGCCUGACAUUAUUAUCCACAAAAGGGUAAAUAGUCCUGCAUGACAAAAAGCAUCUGCGCUCUUGCAGCUGUUUUGAAAAGAGGAACAGCUACUUUUCACAAUUUCAGCAACAUCUUCUAUGUUAAUCACGUACAUUCUUUGAAGGCUGUGUGAUGUUCAUACUCUCUCUCUCUCUCUCUCUCUGUGUGUGUGUGUGUACACAGUGAGACACUCACACAAGAAACGAAAAGGGAAACAGGCUUUUUAUUAUUUCAUUCAUGUAAAAUCUUGAUACCUUGUCAUACCAUCCAUUAGGCUCCAAGAGGUGUCCGAAUGCCAGUUGGCAUCCAUCUGUCUCAGGAGACAAUGGAGAAAUGAGCCUUUGGGAGUGAAGUCACACCGUUGGAGCCUGCUGUGGCUGUAGAGACCAGUACGGAAGAGACAUGUUUUGUUGCAGCUGGGGCAGAUGAAGGCUUUUAAUUGUGCUGCUGCAGAUGUACCAUGAUGGCAGUAUGAAACAGAUCAACUGUAAACCGUGUUAAAAACAAGCAAUCCACGGCAGAAGCUUUCGUUCUGUUUGUUUUCCUGCUGUAACAAUGUUCUCUCUCCCAGGGGCAGAGCUAGGUGCCCUGGCACCUGGAGUGGCACACAUGCCGUGCACCCAGGGGUGGGGCGAUCCGCCCUCAGGGCCUAUCGGCGCAGCUGCGUGAUCCUCCCCAGGGGCCGAUCUCGGUGCGGCGCCGCGAUCCUCCCCCACAGCGAGCCGGGGGAAGGGGGAGAGCUGCAGCUUUGCUGCUCACCGGGCUUGGGGGAGUCGCAGGUGGGGGGGCACGCCAAAUGUCAACCCCUUCAGGAUGACACCCGGUGGCACCCCGCACCCCCUUCCUACACCCCUGCUCUCUCCAGGCAUUACAUUUGUGCAGGGAGAACGAGGUGUGUGUGCAAAGGGGCCUGCAGAAUAGGAGAGAGGAGGAGGAAGUGUGGAAAUAGGGGAGACAGAGACAGAUGUGAUACAUAAAGCAGAGGCAUUAGGUUUUCUUGAAGUCUGGGUGAUAAAUCAACGUGUCUUGUAAAACAGCAUUCGGUGAGCACCACAAAGUCCUGUGCUAGUUUGAUGAUAUGUCUUUUUUUCUUGAGUGGAGAGUUAGGAAGGAAAACAGCACCAAAUUUUUUACCUACACAGCAGCUUCUAUGCACAAAGAAAAUUGUUUAUUUAUUAAAUUGGUAUACCGCCUUUCACCCAAGGUUUAUUUCUGUUAAAGCCUCUUGUCUUAGAACUGAUUUUUCCUUCCAGUGUUGACAUGUGUUUAUUUUCCUUCUUCUUUUCAGAUAUCACAGUGAGUUUACUGUCCUUAGUUGUCACAGCAUGUGGACUUGCUUUGUUUGGGGUGUCUCUGUUUGUGUCCUGGAAGCUGUGUUGGGUUCCUUGGCGAGAACGUGGCCUGCCUGGAAACAAAGACAAGCAGGAGUCCCUGAACUAUACAGACACAGAGACCAAUGACCACGAGUAUAGCGAGGAUUACUUGGGACAACCUACCACCUAUCCCGACUCUUCCAUGAAGAUUAGCCACACAUCCCCUGACAUCCCUUUGGACGCUAAGGCAGGAACCAAGGAAAACUGUGUGCAUAAUGUUCGGAUGCAUCGACAGAUCACGGAGCCAACUCCUUCUGCACGGUCAGUAACUCCAGCAAGGAACAGAGUCGCCCCCAAAGUAAAAAAGCUUUACUGUGCCAAAAAGUAUCCCUUACCUAACAGGCUCCUUGGUCACCAAGGACUGCACAGGCGGAGGUUUGUGUUUGCUUUAUCAAGUGCAGGAGCAGGAUUCUUGAUGGGGAAGGAAGAAGGCACCGGAGACUAAUUUAGAGAUAGCAUUCCUGAUCAUGGGAGAGAUGGGCAACCCUUGCCUUCAUUCACCAGUUCCCAUGAUCCUGAGAGGGGCCUCAUGAAUAAAAGUACACUCUAAAUACUUUUGAGUAAAGGCCUGGUUGUAAUCGAGACAAAGGAGCCAGCAAACCAGUGUGGCUGGAGGAUCAAACAUAAAAGGCCAGAGGAAAGGGGAAGCCAAGGAAGAAAGGACCACUACAGUUUACUGUGUUCAGAGUGGGAAUUGGGAGAAGGAACUAAGGGGAUCACUUCAUUUUCUCCAACCCCCUGAGGCUUGCCUGACCACCUUCCUCACACUGGGUCACAAAUCAGCAUCCUGUGUGAAGCAAGGGAGGCAGAGUCUCUUGGGUACCCCUUGACACUUUGCAGCUGUGGGUCAGUAAGUGUGUUGGUCUGCAUUAGUAUAGCUAGUGCUUCAGAAGAUUGAAAACAUCCCAAAGGAUUGCAAAUCAGUAAGUUGUCCACACUACGCCAUCCAAUUUCUUGCUGCUUGGCACCUCUAACUCCUUUUUACAAAAAGGGGAGGGUAAAUGCAUUUCAGGGUGUUUUCAUAAUGUGGGUAAAAGUCUGUAAUUUCAAUACAAUUUUAGAACUUGUGAAAUCAUCCAUCACACCUUUCUUCCUUGUAUACAGUUUUGGCUACAACUUGGGACUCAGCUAUACAGCUGGAAAUAAAACCUUUUAAGUGUGUUUUAAGUGCAAUACACAAUGUGACACUAGAUGGUGACCCUUAUGGAAAAUUCAAUGUACUGUCUUUUUAAAAACGCUUUAAAAAGUAGCAUUUUCAGAACAGUUUUUAUAUGUGUGUAGAUUCCACCUUGAUCUGAAAAGUGUUAUAGAUGUUUGGUUUGAGAAAUCUAUACAAACAUUCUGACUCACCUGUUAGUUGUAAGUUUCUAUACCAUCAUUACUUACGUUAUUUUACUUGUAUCAAAAAAAUCCUAUUCUCAAUAAAAAAAAAAAUAGCUGAGCAUUCUGACUAAGCAUUUUCCCUAAAUAACAGGAACAGUUAAGCUUUUAGUCAUAUUGCAGAGAAUUAGCGAGUCAGACUUGAACGGCAUGUACUUUUGCAAAUGUUGCAGUAGCAGCCGGACGCUUGCAGGCAACCUAUAGAAAGAGCCCCCCCACAUUUUUUGCUAUUUUAUGAGCUAGACGUAAUUGCCAGGUUAUUGAAAUUCUAUAGUAACUGAAGGGCUGCCUCAAUUUAACCUUGCAAAGUAUGUUCAUUUUCACUUACCUCUGCAGCUGUGGGUGCUGACAUAGCCCUGCAAAGAAUUCAACAAAAAUAGAACAGGUUAACAAAACACUUGCGAGAGUUUGAAAUAGGAAGUGCUAGGUAUUAGGCACAGCUUUGGUGGAGUGGGUGGGAGGUGAAAUCACCAAGGGGGAAGACUGACUGAACAAAACGGCGUGAAGAGGAGUGUAUGUAAAAUAUGGGAGAGCUAAUGAUGGCGGGGCAGAGUCAACAUAAAAAACUGCUGAACUGUGUCAGAUCUAUGGCUAGCCCAGAGCAGCUCAGUCUUGUUGACUGUGUCCAACCACCUCACAAGCAAGACAUGAUGAAGAUAGCUUUCCUCUUCAGUUUGCCCCAUCAUGUGGUAGACAAAGGUAUAUUAUCUCUCCAAACACAUGGGGUGAAAUUCCACAUUGUGCUGAUACGCAUGAUCUGCAAAAGCAUUUCAGCUUGCAGGAUGGAAUGACCUCCCUCUCCUCCCCGGAACACUGUCUGGAGUUUUUUUUUCCUGACCUCCCUCCUGAGCCAGUUUUAAGAGGCAGAUGGGGAGAGGAGAAGGGGAAUCCCAAUUGUGCAAGCAGAAGUUCUUGCACAGGGCUUCUGCCAAUGGGGCACCUUAGGCGGUCAGUUUUUUAUUAUCAUAAUGAAUAGUAAUUAUUACACUCAUCUACCAUAAACCUGUCCCCGCCUUUCAAAAGCUAUUAGUAUCAUGGCUAUACCACAUCUUAUGGUAAUGAAAACCAUAAGGUGCAUUGAGUAGAUAAAUGUGUACUUGUUUAUACUGCUGUGCACAGUGGUACCUUGGUACUUGAACAGCUUAGCUCCCAAACAAAUUGGCUCCCACGCCUUGAUAUUUUAAUGGUUUUGGGAGUCAAAUGGACUCCUGGAACGGAUUAAGUUCGAGAACCAAGGUACCACUAUAUUUGGGGAGUAGCAAGGCACUUUUGACCUCUGGCGAGAUUUAGAACAGAUGAAUGACCUAUAUAGGUGGAGCAACUGGAAGAACAGAACACAGCAGCAGCAUAGUCAGAAACUGAGUGUGAAAGCUGUGGUAUCCACAUAAUUGUGGAAGGGAUCAAGGAUGAAUUAGAUUAAUAUUUGAUCGAGAGGCAAUGUAAAAUUUGCUUGCAGCUAGGUUACAGUGAGAGGAACCAUCAAAGGGCAGCGGAAAUUUGAAAGGGUGGAAAGCACCACCAACCUCUUACCUGUUGCCCAGGUGAUGCAGGUGAUUGGAAAGAGAGGAUGCAGUCAAGUUAGAAGCAUGAUUGGUAAGAAGUCCACAACGACUGAUACGAGUUGCAUGGAUGAGCGGUGUGCUAGGGAAACUAUAUCAAAAACAUUCUUAAUUGUCCAAAAUCAUGAUUUCAGCUUUUGGGGUUUUUUAAUUAUUAUUAUUUUAUUUCCUUUAACACUGUAGAGAUGCUGUAAUCCCACCUGUCUAAUCAAGUCUGUUUUGUUGUUUUUAUUCAAGGCAUAAUUCGUUCCGAAGGCAGCUCAAUCUCUCAAACCCAGACUUCAACAUCCAGCAGAUCCAAAAGCAAGAGCAGCUGACAGGGAUUGGGCGCAUCAAGCCUGAGCUGUAUAAACAAAGAUCGGUGGACACAGAUGAUGGGAGGAGGAACAAUAGCAAAUCUUGUGGGAAGCUCAACUUUAUUGUGAAAUACGAUUGUGACUUGGAGCAACUGAUAGUGAAGAUUCACAAAGCUGUCAACCUGCCAGCAAAGGACUUCUCUGGGACUUCAGACCCCUAUGUCAAGAUCUACUUACUUCCAGAUAGGAAAACAAAACACCAGACUAAAGUGCAUAGAAAGACCCUAAACCCAGUGUUUGAUGAAGUUUUUUUAUUUCCUGUUCCUUACAAUGAUUUGAGCACGAGGAAACUCCACUUCUCUGUAUAUGACUUUGACCGAUUCUCCAGGCAUGACUUGAUUGGCCAAGUGAUAGUGGAUAAUUUUUUAGAGUUGUCAGACUUUCCCAGGGAGUGUAAUCUUUGGAAGGAUAUUGAAUAUGUCACCAAUGUAAGUAUGACACCCCCCCUUUUAUUUUGAGAUUUUAUUUUCUGCCUCUUUGCAUUGUUGCCCAGUUUAUCUGCUGUCAAAGUGGUUGAAUUGUGAUGAAAGUCACCCCUUAUUGUAUCUACCUGAAACUGACUUAGUCCAAAGACUACAUUCUGUAUGGAGGAAUUACUGUGGUGUUAUAUAAAAGCUUGUGCCUUUCCCCUGAAUUUCAUUCUUAAAUAUUAUUUUCCUUGCUAAUUUGAUUUUCCAUUGGCUUAUAUGAUUUAUCACAGAGAAUUGAUAACUUUUUAGAAAUUGGUAAGCUCGUGUGUUCUAUUCUGAUAAAAAUGUGCCUUACAUUUUUCAGCUAAAAUUCCAGAGUUACAUUCCCAACCCCCAUUGCUUUCCAAGAGGCAUUCUGUAAGUGCAGUUUCAUAGAUACAUUUCCAUAAUCUUUGGACAGCUCUGAAGACUUCACCAACCUAGGAGACUUUUUGCUCAUUUGUUGUGCCAGGUACAUGAACAGUAGAGCAUGCUGGGGUUUUUCCUGAUUAGUUCCGCUGAGAGAAACCAGCAGUGGUGUAGUGGAUAAGUACUGCAGGGUAGCACAGCUCCAGGUUGUUUGUCAGAACAGGAGCAAUAAUGUCAUCAGCCUUAGCGAUGUGGUAAUUGGGGGAUUUUCCUUGCUCUGGGAAGUGAAUGAGGCAAUAAUGAAGCCUUCAGAUUUGUAUGAUCGGUAUAGAAAAAGUCACAGAAAGAGGAAAUAACCAAGUAGAGGCUGGGUAGGCCUUUCCAUUCCUUUCAUAAGAUCCCUACUUCAUUCUUGCAGUAGUAGUUUUCUGCAAAAUUGUCUGCAUUUCUAAUUAAAAUGAAAUGGCUGCAUUUCAGCUAGCUGGGGAUUUGUUAUUGAGGCCCGGUGUGUUUUACAAGCUGAAUCCAUGCAGCCUGAAAUAGAUCAAUGGCACUUGCUUGCAGGAAACUGCGCAGCAGAGCAGCAAUGCUGAUCCUAAUAAAUUGUAUUUAGGGAUAAGGGAGAAAUUUGAUUCAGUUCGCAUUUAAAGGUGAACCUACGUAAUUUGCUCCCUCCUAAACAAUAGGUGAACUGAAGCACAGCCAUUGCGUUUUAAACUCUGCUUGGGAGCAUGGAGAUUGGGAACAUGAUGAGCUCCUCCCUUUAAAAUUUACUACUACACCACUGGGUAACCACACAUUUAUCUCUUGACUGUGGAGUUGUAGAAAAAUAUAAUAUUUAUUCAUUAUUACUUACUUCAACAGUUUAUAUACCUCUUAACACCGUAGUCUUAAACUUCGCCUGAUAGUAUUUUGGCAGCUGGUGCAAACUUUUAAACCUUGGCGUUAUAUGCUGGUAGUAUUCUGACCCCACCAGCCGUCUAGCCCAGGCUUCCUCAAACUCGGCCCUUCAGACGUUUUGAGGCUACAAUUCCCAUCAUCCCUGACCACUGGUCCUGCUAGCUAGGGAUCAUGGGAGUUGUAGGCCAAAAACAUCUUCUAGAGGGCCGAGCUUGAGGAAGCCUGGUCUAGCCACAGCAUUUUGUGAGGCUUUCAUGUACUCUCCUUAUAGUUUUCCUCUCCUCUCUUUACAAAGUAUUGCACCAGCAGCUGUCUCAUGAGGUUAUCCACAAACAAGGGGAAAGAAAAAAUUUUAGGAUAACAUUGGAGCUCUGCCAUCCUCAGCUGUUGAAGGUCUCCUGCUUCCUUGCUGCCCCUCAUGCAUGGAACUGUCAUCAUAAUUCCACUUUUCCUACUUUCUGUCCUCGAAACCUACCUUUUCUGUGAAGCUGGGGAAGCCCGGCCAGAUGGGUGGGGUAUAAGUAAUGAUUAUUUAUUUAUUUAUUUAUUUGAAGCAUCUAUUCCUACUGUUGUUAAGCCUAAGGGAGCAAUCACAACCUCCCAAACCUCUGGUAAGACUAUAUUGCCACCACUGCAUACAGCGGUCAGGGCGGAAACUGGAUGGGGGGGAGGUAUUUUUAUUACAGCAAACAGGCAGCAAUCCAUAGGCAAUUACCCAAUCAUUAAGCAAAGAUUCGGCAGCCAUAAUGUACAAAGUUAACUUCACAUUAAAUUAAAUGAUGCAUUAUGCACUAGAUGAGAGACGUCUGGCUUCAGAGCAUCAAUCUGUGUCUCUCUUAAUAUCCAUGGCACUAAUUCCACAAUAGAAAUAGUUAUGGACCCUAAAUUUUGAAACCUAUAAUCUCAGAAGGCCUCUAAGAGGCAGACAUUUCUUCUUAACCAUUACAGGGCAGUUAACAAUUUCACCAGCAGUAAAAAUAACAAAACCAGAUCCUUGCUGGUGAAAGCUGUAUCAUUGGAUGCUACUGUGUCCAUUUUAUUUAUUGUUUUAUUUAUUAAAUUUAUAUACCGCCCUUCAUCAGAGUAUCUCAGGGCAGUUCACAGCAUAAAAUACAAGAUAAAAACCACAAGUAAAUAAUUUAACAAAAGCAACGAAACUGGUUUCACAAAUCAGAAAGUAUUUAAUUUCCUCCAAGACACUAUAAUCUUAUGAAGUCCACACACAUUUUUAUCUGGAUACUUUUCAGGCUAACAGCAGAGCAUCCAAAUUAGUUACAUGCAAAGCAGAAUUUCAGCACAUCCGUACAUUCCAUAUACAUUCUUCAUUUUGUUGUUCAGAUGGAAAUUGGUUGAAAGUGAUUUAACUUCGGAUACACUGCCAUUGAUCUAUUAUGCGGACCCUGGUUUGUACAAAUUGAUCAAGGGAUUCUGGUAUUUAUUUUGAUUGUGGGACAUGCCCCCCCCCCAAGUGCAAAUGAGUCUCAGCAGGAGCCAUAACCCAACUGGAAACUUCCUUGAUGAAAAACUCAAGAUUAAUGACGUUUUUACAGCACACUGUUUUCAAAUUAAGAUAUUACAGCUUUAUAGCCUUUGAAUAUUUGCAAAUGUGAUUCGGGCAUUAAAGUUAUGGACAGCUAACAAUAUAAACCAAGAACUCUUGCAUAUUUUAGUUAUCGUUUCCCUAUGUUUCCCUGAGGUUGUUCUCAAACACUGUAAAUGCAACCUCAACUCCUUGUUCUGUACCCUCCAAAGCAGCAUAAAAUUCAUUCUAUCAAAUAUGUGAAAUCUUGCCAGAGUUCAUGAACCUUUGAACUGAGCUGUGUGAUAAGGAAAACAGAACUGAUUUAUUAUAGAGGACAGAAAACAAAACACAUUUUGACCAUACUCCACUCUAAAUCUUGGCUGUUUCAAACUUCAAAAGGAAAUGUAUUUUAUGUAUUUUGACCCAAAACAUAUUUACCAUAUAACCAACUGCAUUUUACUUCUGAUUUGGGACUGGUGUUGGUAUUAUUUGGGUCAACACUUUCCAAGGGAUUAUUAUCCACUUAAACAUCUUCUCCCCCCCCCGCAACCCUAGUCACCAGAAGGCAAUGUAAAUAGGCAAGCCUUGUCCUACCAUGGAAAACUGAGGAGUUCCCAUGAGGAGUUAGGCCCCCACGUCAAUGUUUAUAUGAUCUCACCAUGGAGAUUAGAUGGAUCCUUGCAAUGCCCACAGGAAAAGACCGGCCACCCUGAGCCAUUGUUACCCAAAAAAGGGGACUCUCUCAAGAGCAGCCCAGUAAUAGGUAAAGGUAAAGGGACCCCUGACCAUUAGGUUCAGUCAUGGACAACUCUGGGGUUGUGGCGCUCAUCUCGCUUUACUGGCCGAGGGAGCCGGCGUUUGUCCACAGACAGCUUCCGGGUCAUGUGGCCAGCAUGACUAAGCUGCUUCUGGUGAAACCAGAGCAGCUCAUGGAAAUGCUGUUUACCUUUCCGCUGCAGCGGUACCAAUUUAUCUACUUGCACUUUGAUGUGCUUUCGAACUGCUAGGUUGGCAGGAGCAUGGACCAAACAACGGGAGCUCACCUCGUCACGGGGAUUCGAACCGCCGACCUUCUGAUCGGCAAGCCCUAGGCUCUGUGGUUUAACCCACAGCGCCACCCACGUGGCCUCCAGCAAAUAGCGCAGAUAACUCUUGGAAGGUGUAUGGUGCAGUUUUACUGCUGAAGCUAAUCGAGCUUCACCCUAAAUGCUCCCCAGAAGCAUAGUCUGCCUGGGAGCUGUAUGUACACUCUCCUGAGCUCCUUAGAGGACAAACAGGUAUCUAGGUGUAAUUAAUUAAACAUAGUAAGCAUGUCAAGGUAAUCAUAAUCACAGAAAAAUAUUGGAUUAUCAUUGUAAUCAAACAUUGGCAAAAUCUUGAGUAUAAUUUUUUCCAGUUUAUGUUUAGAAUAAGUCCAGAUGGAAGGACAAACCAGGAUGCAGGGCUAAGGAGGAGUUUAGGAAAUACAGAGGAAUAUGGGCAAACACAUGGGAAAGUUGAUUUGAAUCAUUGAUGAAAAUUGGUUUCUUCUCUUGCUGAUUUGAAAAUGUACUUGGUUUAAAUCAAGCUACCCUACUCAGGAGCAGCAACAAAAACCUGCAUGGAAUUAAUAGCUCCUGGUUCCGCAGCGUUAUACCCUUAUCCCUCUUCCGAUCAAAGUAAAAGUUUCCUACAUUGUCUGCAGCAGAUUAUUAUAUCAUUUCAAAGAUUGCUCUAAUUCGAGACAAUAUCAUAAUGUUGUCUGUGAUUGCAAAAGAUUAUACCUAGAAGAAGAAUCUGUCAUUUCUCAGCGUAUCUGCUCUCAUAAGCGGAUAAUGAGGAGGAAAACCAGUCUCUCUAACAAAAAAGAAAAGAAAAACCAGGAAAGAUAACAGUCAUUUCAAUUCUGAGGUACUCCGCUUCUUAAGACAUUUUAUUUUUUUUGUAGCUGAGAACAUGUAUUUGAUGCAGCACAAAACAGGUACAGCAAUCACUGAAAACUUGAAACAUAUCACUGACUAAUCCAGCAGGCUGAUCUACAAGCCAUAUGUGCGCUGAGAUUUCUGAGUGGCUCCUGCCCUGAAAUAGUUUCCCAGGACAAGCUGGACUCGGUAUCAUAGGGAAGUCAUUUAUCCAGCGAUGCUUUGCGGGGAGAAGAGGAGCAAUUUCUUCUGCUAGAAGAAAUAAAGGGGGAAAUAUGAGGAGAAGGAAAUGCAUUCAGGCCCCUUGCAAUUACCUAACUUGAUUCUUUAAUAAUAAUAAAAUGCAUUACAUCACAGACUUCUGACAAGCUCCUUCUCCUGUAGGACAGUUUUGUGAAUUCAAAUCUCCAGGGCCUGAUGAGCUGCACCCAAGAGUAUUAAAGGAGCUUUCAGGUGUAAUCACAGAGCCUCCCUAUAAUCUAUAAUCUUUUAGAAUUAUUGGAGAACAAGUGAGGGCCUUUCAGACUGGAGGCAGGCAAAGUUCCCCAUGAUAUUCUUGUGGAGAAGCUAGUAAAAGGUGGGAUAGACAAGGGAACUGUCAGGUGGAUUUGUAGCUGGUGGACUGACUGAACCCAAAGGGUGUUCACUAAUAAUUCCUUGCUAUUCUGUAAAAAAAUGACAAAUGGGGCGCCACAGGGUUCUGUCCUGGGCCCAUUGUUGUUGACAUAUUAUAAAUGACUUGGAUGAAAGAAUUGAGGGUUGUUCAUCAAAUAUGCAGAUGACAUAAAACUGGGAGGGUAACUACUGGCGCAGAAGACAGAAUCGGGAUUCAAGAUGACCUUAACAGAUUGGAGAACAGGGCCAAAACUAACAAAAUGAAUCUCAGUAGGGACAAAAUAUAUAAGAAAUAGAUCUACACUAAAUUAUAGAAUAGCAGUGAAUAGAGCUACAUAUAUGCAGAGCUACAUACAUGCAAGAAUGAAUUUCAAUGAGGAAAGUGUAAGAUUCUACACUUAGGUAGGAGUAACCAGCUGCACAAAUAUAAGAUGAGGGACACCUGGCUUACCAGUAGUACAUGUAGAAAGGAUCUAGGGGUUUUAGUAGACCACAAGCUUAACAUGAGUCAACAGUGUGAUGCAGCAGUGGGGGGGGGGGGGGACUAAUUCCAUUCUAGUCUGCCUCAACAGAAGUAUAGUGUCCAGAUCAAGGGAAGUAAUAGUACUCCUCUAUUCUGCCUUGGUCAGACCACACCUGGAGUAUUGUGUCUAGUUCUGGGUGCCACAAUUUAAGAAGGAUAAUGGCAAGCUGAAACACGUACAGAGGAGGGCAGCCAAGAUUAUUGAAGGUCUUGGAAACCAAGCCUUAGGAGAAAUGGUUGAGGGAAUUUGGUGUGUUUAGCCUGGAAAAGAGGAGACCGAGAGGCAAUACGAUAGCCAUUUUCAAAUAUCUUAAGGGCUGCCACAUGGAUGAUGGAGCAAGCUUGUUUUCUCCUGCUCCGGAGGAUAGGACCCGAAUCAGUGGCUUCAAGAUACAAGAAAGGCGGUUCCAAUUAGAUAUCAGGAAGAACUUUCUGAUGGUAGGAGCUGUUCAACAGUGAACAGAUUCUCUCAGAAGGUGGUAGACUCUCCUUCCUUGCAGGUUUUUAAGCAGAGGUUGGAUGGCCAUCUGUCAUGGAUGCUUUAGUUGAGAUUCCUGAAUUGCAGGGGGUUGACUAGACAAUGUUCAAGGUCCUUUCUAACUCUACAAUUCUAUGAUGCAAUUAUUUCUCUGUAAGAAUUUUUGGAAUCCCCAAAGGGAAAUACGGGAAUAAUGCAUGUAACCUAAAAUCUGCAAAGCAAAGAAGUCAUGGGAAUGUAAUCCACUUUGUGUGGUUUUGCACCAUUUCCCUUCUGCACAUGAAGCUGUCCAUAGAUCACUGUGCACUAAACUUUGCUGAAUAUGUGUCCUUGCCCCACUUUUCUGAGAUGUCAUGAACAGUUGGCAAGAGCAGUGUGAGGGUGGCUGGAGGCUGUCCUCAGACCAAUAAUCAAGUGUCACAUACGACAUUUAUUAAUACUUUUAAGUUGCAUCAUUUUACCUGUCUGUAUGGCCAGAGCAACCUUUUUCAAUCCAUCCUGGCUGGGACUGAUGGCAGCUACAUCUGGAGGGCUCCAGGUGGGUGGACUAGAGCCUCAGGAGUAGGUAGAAAAAUCUGUCAUAUAGAUGGCUUGCAGGGGUGGAAAGAAAGACAUCUGGUUUUGGCAUUCCUUCUUUAAUCAAGUAUGCAAGGAAGGUUAAACAAGGUCUUGGCCCUGUAGGUCUUGUUCAGAUAAAAAAGUCUUGAGAAUCAAGAGAUGUAAAUUUCACAAGGGGGGAAAAACCCUAACCACACAGAGAGAGAAAGGAAUAUAAUUGCUCUUCACGCUCUGCACAGAAGAAACACUUUCUGUAGCACCUCGGCUGCUUCACUGCACUAUCAUCUCCCCCCGCACACACACCAACUUGUUUUACAUUGUGCGAUAAUUCACAUUUUCCAAGCCACCUUUCCAAUUCUGGUUCCCAUUUCUUUUUAGAAACUGACAGGUUUUAAAAAUAUGUUAUGCUAGUUCCUGUUAAGUUGGAAUUAAGUAAUUUGUGCCUGGAGACAGGCGACAGCUUUCUCAAAGGGUUGAAGGUGGCAUAAGCAAAGCAUCAGGUCUCUCUGGUGCACACACCCAACGGAGCUGACAAUAGGAUUUAUUGUAUGGUUCAAGGAAUCCAGCUGGUGCCCUCCAGCUGUUUUGGAAUAGAGCUCCCAUUAUCCCCAGCCAGCACAAUCAGAAGGUGGCCAAAGAUGGUCCUUCAAAACUUUUGAAGGAAAAAAACCCCAAUAUAGAUGGUAUAUUACACCGGUAAAAAUGGCCAAAAUGUAUAGAACAGAAUUGAAGAUCUGUUGGAGAUCUAAAGAAAAGGCUCUGGCAAUGGCGGAGCUCCUCAGUUCGGGAGGAACUUGCUCCGUGAAAAACAGGGUCUGACCGCCACGGCGAAGGUGGAGACCCAUUGAAAUCACAAGCGGGAGAAGCUUGUGAACCUGGGAUUCGGCUGGCACCUUUUGCGCCUCCCCUACUCACGGGGAAACCCUGUUUUGGGGAUCCGGAGCGAUGUGGGGUGAGUGGCGCGGUGCUUUGAAUCGACUGCUUUUUUCACGGAGUGAAGCCGCAUUGCUGUUGCCGGAGAGCACUGACCUUUUCCUGUGGACAAUUGGAUUUUAAACAACUACUCAUGAGUAAAUCGGAAAAUUUGAUUUUUAAAUACUUUAAUUUGGCACUGAAGCGGGAGGUCAUAAACAGGAAGUCCGCCUUCCGUUUUUGUAAACAGACUGAAGCAAAGACAUUACAAGUUAAAGUCUUUGAAAGCUUUUGGCAAAGGAUUAAAUUCCCAUCGGUUUAAAAUACAAAACCCCCCUUGGAAGCAGGAGAAGAGGGGGAAAUUUUGGAUCUAGUGAGCCUGCAGGAGAGAGUGAAAAUCAAAUUACCACUGCUCUGAACCUGGGAACAGGCUGCCAGAUGACGUUUGGAGAGAGUGCAUUUGACAGAACGGAUUUGACAGCUAGCUAAAUAAGAGUAAGAUACUGUUUCCAUUGUCGUCCUCUGCGUUUAAAAAAGAGGAAAAGUAACUGAAAAUUUAUCUUUAAUGCUUGAGUUGUGCCUGAAAGAACUGAUACAAGUGGAGACUGUUUCCUCUAGAGGGAGCUUUUGAAACUGUUACAGGAGUGUAACUGGGGGAUUUCCAGCUGCAGAUAAGGAUUCUGAGAACCAGAGAGUGACCUUGGACCAUUUAAAAAUGUUGACAGGAGAGGCCAUUGUGACUGUUUUAUGUAAGAUAAGUUGUUCGCUGGGACAGCUUCACAAGAAGAUGGAUGACAUGACUUUUAAAGUUGAUAAUUUGGAACAGAAAGUGACUAAUUUGAGUGAACACCAACACAGAAAUAAUUCAGGACUUGGUACAGGAAUCCAUUUUGGCAGGACAAAUGGUGGAGGAGAAGGAGGAGAAGGAGAAUGCUGCUGUUGUUGAACAUAAAGUAAUACAAGUGAGAUCCGUGGCUUUACAGAAGCAAAUUGAGGACUAUAAGUUGAGGCCUUUUAUGAUUGAAUCUAGGAAAAGUCAGACUCUGAGGAAUGGAUCCUGGCUUGGACUAAAGAAAGAAAGUUGGAAAGAUCCCUCUAUGCAGGGAUUAACUGACUUUUGGGACAUGGACUUGGGCCUGGAGGAGAUUGACGUUUUGGGGGCCUUUGGACUUGGAGGAAUCUUGAAAUAUGCCCUGAAAUACUUUAUGGACUGUAGCUUUAACUAUGGAAAUUUGGCUGAUCUGUUCAGAAGGAAGAAAAGGAUUGACAGGUUGGAGCUUCCCCGAGAUUUGCUCUUUAGCAUUAAAGGAAAUGAAGAAGACCUGCAGAAGGGACUUGGAAAAGAGUUAAGAGCCUCGGACAUAAGAUCACCAGGUUGAUGGACUUUAUGGAGUUGACGGAAAGGACUGGCAGAAUCCGAAACCAGGGAGAGGAGAUGGUGGAAGAAGAUUGGAAAUUUAAAGUUUAUAUAUAGACUUAUGGUAAAACUAAGGAGUGAUAGAAAAAUGGUGGAAUGAUUUUUUUAUGGGCUUAGCAGAAAUGUUAUAAGGAGUUAAGCAUAUAUAAGUAUUUUAGUUUUAAUGGAAAAUAAGGUUAAAAAAUACGUUAUUUACAAUAUGAUAGAAAAUGGAGAAAGAUGGAAAGGAUUUGCUGAAACAAUAGAAGUGGAAUACAAAAAGGGAGGUGAGAGGAGGUCGAGGAAACAAGGGAAUGAAAGAUAGAGUAUGGAGAAGAGAUGAUGUAUGUUUUUAAAUUGUUUUUGUUUUGUUUCAUUUAGGGUUAAGGUUAGGGAGUGGGGUUUGUUUAGUUUAGUUUAGUGUGUUUAGUUUUGAGUUUAGGUUGUGUUUUGCAUUGUUUAUAUAUUGUAUUGUUUUUUUCUUUUUGCUUUCCUCCUUUCUCUUUUUUUCUGUUUUUUUUUCUUUUUGUAAUCUAUAAAAGUAAUAAAUAUUAUUUAAAAGAAAAGAAAAGGAAGGUACCUUUUACCAUAUGUGGUGGGAAUGUAGACAUAUAAAAAAAUUCUGGGAAAUGAUAUACAAUGAAUUGAAAAAAAUGUUUAAAAUAACAUUUGUAAAAAAGCCAGAAGCCUUUUUGAUAGGUAUUUUAGAUCAAGAAUUACCAAAAUUAGAAGACUAGAGAAAUACCAAUGAAAGAACAAUGGCAAGAAAAAUUGAUGAACUAUGCAGAGUUAGUGAAGUUAACAAAUUACAUGAAAAAGAUAACAGUGACUUCAAAAAGGAAUGGGAGCUAUUUACAGUCUACUUGCAGAAACAACAAAAAUAAAUGGACUCAUUGGCAGGAUUUGAAUAAACUUUCACAAUUUUAUUGAGUUUAAACAUAGAGGACGAUAUUGCAACAACACCUAAUAGUAUAUAUACAUGCAGAAUAUAACAAACAAUGUAACAAACCAGAAGGGGAAGUUGAGGGAAGUCGGGUGGGGAGGGAGAAGAUUGUAAAUGUAAUGGUAAGGUAGGAUUGGAUAUUGGUAUGUGAUAUAUGGAAUUUGCAAUUAUAAAACCGCAAUAAAAAUUCAUUUUUUAAAAAAACAAAAAACCCAAAACCUAUCUGAUAAGAAUUGUGUGUAUGUACCACUAUUCUAUCCAACCAUUAUACCUUUGUCAUUUAGCUGUUUUGGGCAUGAAUCAGGCAGUUUUCGCAAGCUGGAAAAAAGGUGUUUUAUGCCCCCCCCCCCCCUUGUCACAUUCCUAACUUCGUGUGGAAUGCUGAUGGCAAGUGAAAACCUGGGAAUGCAAAAGCCUGAUUUGUGUGAUUUUUCUUCUGAGAUGGGAAUCAUUGUUUGAAUUGGGUAGCUUCAAGUGUAGGUGACUACAUGGAGUAGGAAGAGAAAGGAGGAAAAUUUCAGGUGGACCCCGAAGUAUGCUUUAUUGAACCCAAAGCUGUUCAAAUAUAAAUUGUUCUUCAGGAGCGCAACCAAAUCCCUUGGUCUUGAAAUUCUUUUGCAAAAUACAUGGUGUGCCCAUGUCUUAUACUAGCUAUAUGCAUGACUGAGGGAAGAAAUGUAUAUUCUGUGCUGGAAGAUUAGAGGUCUUGACGCUGGCCAGUCAUUUUGACUUGACACUUUUAAACCCCCUUAGAGAGAGGCUUAGCAGUAGUAGGCUGCAGGGCUCUAAACCUAAGGAGCUAGAGUCAGUCAUGGCUUCCCUGUAAAAAUAAAACAAAAAAAAACAUGGAAAAUGCAGCUUGUUAAGGGUACUGAAAGUACUGUUAUAUCAUUUUAUGGUGUGCUACCUGCACAGAUUGGUUGUGUGCCAUCCAGCCUUCGCACCAAUUAGUGACCUGGGUCUGGAUUCUGGACUCAGUCUGGAGGAACAUUUGAAUUAAAUGAAUUGAAUUAGGUGCAUUAAAAAUGGCAUCUGGAGCCAACCAUCUAGGCUGGAUGGUAGGAAGAAAAGAGAAUCUAAUUUAGUGGUUCAACACACACACACAAAAACAUUUUUAUUUUAGAUUUUAUUGGGGGGUAGUACUGCUGCAGUUUUGUGUAAGCACAAUAAAAAUCUCUUUUUAAGAGAAGGUUGUUCUUUUUUUCUAAAGUACAUAUUCAUAAAAAAUAAUGUUAUGAAAUUCUCCAACUGAAGUGGCAUUUGGGGCAUAAUAGAACCAUGGAAUAAUAAAGGUGUGCAAUUGGAAGAUUCUGCCCAUCCUUAAUGGCACACGUUGGGACUAUAUUCCUAGUCUGGGCUUCACGCAGUAACAUUUGCAACCUGCAAACUUGUGGUAGAGCAUCACAUGGAAUGUCCCCACCCAAGUCCAACAGGUGGUUGCUGGAGUCAGACAUGUUCAUCCUUAUUCUCUCCAGGUCAGCACCAAUGUCAUUUCUGUUCAGUGUUUCUGCCAUCACAGCCGCAUCGCCACUUUUGCAGUCUCCUCUACACUUCUGAUAGCAUCCUCCAAAUCACUUUGAGUUGAGAAACAGUAGUUUCCAUCUUCUUCUUUUGUGUGACCUCAAGAAGCUACCCUCCUGUUUUAUCUUUGUUCCACAGCUGCUCAUGUUUGGCCUGCUUGAGAUUAGCUUUACGCUCAGCCGUAGGGCUGCCAGAUUUCAAAAAGAAGCCAGGACACCCUGAAAGUUAUUGAGCUUUUUUUAUAUACACACACCCGGAAUGUUGUUGGUUCCUCCCACUUUUGCUUCUGCAGCCCCCUGUGUCAUCUCAGAGGGUUGGUGGACCUUUUGAAACAGUGUGGAAGGUGAGGCAGGAGACUCAAGAGGAAAGGGAGAUAUUCUAAAAUUCAACACAUCCCUUCCAUUCACAGAAGGCUUCACUGGAACAAAAAGCCUUCUUUGAGUGGAGGAAAACUAUUGGGUAAAACUCUUUAUUUAUUUAAACCUUUUAAAACCGCACCUCAUUGCAAUUGCCCUCAUAAAGCAGUGUGCAAAUUAAUUGCACAAUAAGCAUAACUCUUGGCACUGAAAUAUUUUUCCCAGUUAACUGCAAUGUUUCUGUUACAUUCACAACAUUCUAGUUUUAAGAGAAUCUGCAAGUACAGCAGCCAACGCUUGAAAUCUUGGUUCUCUGGAAUCUUUCCCUAGAAUGAGAUUAUAUAAACUUUGUCCUUUUUAUAUUGGCCAAGCCUUGGAAUUGCCUCCAAGAAAUUUUAUACAUGCUAGUUUACUGUCAAAAUGCACAGUAUCCCUGAUAGAGUGUUUUUUGGGUGGGUGGGUGGGAGUAGACCUUCAUCUCACUUUUGUUUAGUUUUUUAAACAAGUCAGAGAAUAUCCCCAUCUGUUUCUUUGCAGAUGAAACUAUAGUGUCUUUCAUUAGCCUUGAGAAUUCAUCUCUCAAAAAAUCCCAGUGUUGUUGAUGCUGGUUAAAUUCAUGGAGUCUAAUGAGAAUUUAUUCGUCCCCCUGAAUUGCACAUACUGUUCUUGUUUGCAAUGCCUCAGGCUAUUUUUAGCCUUAAAUCUGCAAGAUAUCAGAACCAUAGGUCACCCUCUAUUGAACAGGGUUUGAUCCCUUUCCACCCCAACCCUGAAUUUUUUAGGAUUUCAUGUCUCUGGUGUAUGCAGCCUGUGCUCUUCUAGUUUUCUUUUCUUUUUUUUAAUAUAGUUUUUCUUCCUCUUCUUUUGGAAGCUGUCUCUCUUGAGAGCAUAACUGGGUUAUACUGGAGACAUAUAAUUUAAUGUUAAAUUAAAUUACAUCAGAUUCAGUGAUGCCUGCAACACCAGUUAGAUUCCCCAGACGAUUCUGGGAAAUGAUUCCCCAAAUUUCAUGGGAAAAGAAGAGAACUAGAACGUCACAUUUGCCUCAUGCGCAUUAGCUCAAAAUAGUAAAGAGAGGGAGAAAAAGCAAUAUUUUGCAGGGUCAUGUAAAGCAUCUGCUUAAAGUAUUGCAGGCUCUUUCAAGCACCGAUGCCAUGGAUUACAUAUUCAAGUUAAAAUCUAGUGUACUUGCUUGUGACCAAUAACCACCUUGAUUUUUCAUAUUUUCCCUCUCUUUACAUUUUAUCUUUAAUAGGUGGCCAGUUUCUUAAAAUCUGCUUCUUGCUCUGACUCCACAUUGUGUGCAUUCGGUAUGAAUCAAAACCACGUUGCAGAGGCGUGCAUGUGAAUAGUGUUACCUUGUGAGCAGGUCUCAUCUUGCAGGCCUUUCCCGUUGUCAAAAUGCUGUCAGCAACUCCCAGCCCAGGAAAGUAUAAAGAUAAGGGCAGAUUUCUUACCGUCCUUUUUUUAUUCAGUAUUCACAGAGAGAGGCUAUAGAAUCCGGCCUGUUGGAUAAUGGCGUUGUCCUGAGUGAAUCUCCAGCCCCAUUCUCUCCCACUUCCUCAUUCGUCAUCUCUAUGGGUGCUGCUACGUGCCCUCUGUCUUGGAGCUCUUUGUUCUCCUACUUUCAAGGCUCUCCGGGUUCUGGGAGAGGGGAGUCUGGAAUGCUUUCCAAUGACGUGUCUGCCAGGUGUUGCUCUGGCUCUCCCAUGAUUUCCCAACUUUCCCCCUCAUCUGCCUCUGAGCUGUGACCUCCCUCAGACCCCUGUUGUAAAUCUAUACCGUCUUCCUCUUCCUCCUCCCUGGAAGGGUCAGGCUGAGGAGAUGAUCUCCACCAUUCCUCCUCUGCCCAGUUCCUGACACCCAUUGAGACACCCUUUGGCAGGUCAUGAAAUCCAUUGGAAAGUCUUAUAUAAAUUAGCUGGCUCACAUAUUCUCACUGUUCCAUAGAAUACCAUAGAAUCGUAUCAAGUUGGAAGGGACCCUGAGGAUCAUCUAAUCUAACCCCCUGCAAUGCAGGAAAAUGCAUCUGUCCUUUACGGGGAUCAAACCUGCAACCUUGACAUUGUCGGCACCAUGCUCUCACCAGCUGAGCUAUGCAGCUUCACCCACAUUUGCAAAGACGUCUUGUGAAAGCCUGGCUGUCGCAGGAGCACAUAAUUAAUCAGAAAACGUCUUUCUGUGUCUUCCCUUCCUCACAAUGAACUUCUUUUAGAGAAUGGAGCACACAGAAUGCUAAUUACAUUUUAUUUAAACAAGCCAUAGCUUUUCUUAUCCAAAGUUAGUUUUGUUUUACCGCUGCUCCUCUCAUGCUUUUGUUGUUUGAUGAGCAGUGUGAUCAAACAAACUAUGGUUAGCCAAUGGUUCAGAAUUUACAUGCAACAAACAGCAAGCCAAAGUUAAAACUAGCAUGGUUCAUAAGACAACAACAAACCAUGGCUUCAGAUUGUGUGUUGCCGGCAGUAAAGAAAUCAAGACCAGGGUUUAUAUAUCUCACUAAGCCAUGGUUUCUCCUGCCAAUCUAGCAGUUCAAAAGCAUGUCAAAGUGCAAGUAGAUAAAUAGGUACCGCUCUGGCGGGAAGGUAAACGGUGUUUCCGUGUGCUGUUCUGGUUUGCCAGAAGCAGCUUAUGUACGCCGGCUCCCUCGGCCAAUAAAGCAAGAUGAGCACCGCAACCCCAGAGUCGGUCACGACUGAACCUAAUGGUCAGGGGUCCCUUUACCUUUACCUUAAGCCAUGGUUUAAUAAACAACUGUUUAGCCUUAUUCACAAGCGAGACCUCUUAUCGUUUCCACAGAGAUACUGCUGAAAAUAGCUUAUGUGGGUGAAUUGUACUCAUUCCACUUUUAAUAUGGAGGGCUACUUGCCACAUGGAUUCUCUGUCCCUCCCAGCAGCUGCUCACUAUGAGGAGCAGGAGUUAGUUUUUCUGUUUUUCUUGGAACUUGAAGGAGAGUCCUCGUUCCUUUGAAAGAAUGGAAGGACAGUCUAAAAUAACCCAAAGGGAGGGCUUUGUAAUUUGAAAUACCUCCAUCUUCUAAGAAAAAAAAAAUACUUUCUUGAAGCAUCUUUGUAUAUAUUUCUUGUUUUUCAUCAUUGGGCUGGUGCAACUGUCUUGUUUUUGUGUAGGAAAAAUGACCACUUGCAUUUGUAUUGCUACAGUAUUUGAAAUCUUCGUAAGAAAUUCCCUCCUAGACAAAUGGCAGGCAUAACUUGUCACCAUCAUGAGUGCUUAAUCAUCCAAGGCCCUUUUAUCAGAGAGAAAAUGAAUCAAUCUGGAAAAGAGCUGGAUGUUAGGUAUUGACAGCUUAAUUAAAAUUAUAACAGAGAAAGAUACCAAAAUGGUUGUUAGAAUUUCCCUUUGCCAGUCUAUUACAUAUGGUUUCCUAACCACACUUUGCAUUCAGAAGCAUUAGUAGAAUCCAGACUUUCAUAAUAAUCUUAGAGCCUGUUUUUUGUCUGAAAGAACCAAAGUCUCAAAACUUUAUGCUGAUUUCCCUAAGGUGCUCAAAUUGCUGGCUCCUCUAGAGGUAACUAAUAGCAGUCCUAGGCAUGUCUACCCAGAAGUAAGUCCAAAUAAAAUCAAUGAUAUUUACACCCAGCUAAGUAUGAAUGUUGUAUUUAACAGUGAACUACUAAUGAGGUUUUUGUGAUAGUUCUCACAACACUGUAGUCAACAGGUACUUACAAAGUGGCACAUUGCUAGAUAGCUAGUAAGUGUAUGCUUCAACAGUUGAAAAGAAUUGAGAUUUUAUAUCAGGUUGAAAAGGAAAGGGAUGGCAACCCACCUCAUUUCAAGAUUAUGCAUUUUAACUGUGUGUAGAAGCUGUGUUGCUAUCACAGGUAUGACACGGUGAAUACUUCCUUGCUGUUUAUCAAACGACUGCACAAAUCUGAAAAAUAAAAAGUUUCCAUUGGUGUAUUGGAAAUUGUCCAUUGGGCAGGAUGAUCUGCUACACAAAAAUGGAUGUAACAAACAUUUUACAAGAAAUUUCAUUGUACAUACAGACACAUUCACUUGAUAUUAAGAUGACUGUUUUUAAUGCCUUCAGCAAUAAAUAAUUGUACUUUGGGGAUAUAAGUGUAAGCCUAUCAUAAACCCAUUGGUUAAGACUGGUACAUUUCAGUUUUCUUUUCUAGCUUUUCAUUUGAUAUGUAACAAAGAUGAAAAACUGUUAAUGGUGGAGAUAGUCCAGAUACUGCUGGCAAAAGAUACCGAAAUGUAGAAAUACGAAACUACAUCUGUUAGGGUGUUGUGGAAAUAGAUAUGGCAUCACAAUUCACACAAUCAGUUCUCACCUGGGACUCAGCUUCAUUGGCAAAGAAAAGGUGUUUUAUAUGUGUUGUUUGUGACACCAGAUGGCGCUUUGGAGUUCCAUUUGAGCCAACCCGAUUUCUCAUACAAAGUUUAAAACACGUUUAACUGAAAUGCUUCUUUGAUGUGUCUGGAUCCAGCCCUGCUUGAAGCACCUGAAGUGUGUUUUGUGAUGCACUUGUUUGUACGCUCUGCCUUUUUUUCCUAAGCUGCAAUGUUGGGCUCAUAAACUUUCCUUAUUAUUAUUUCUGAUGUGAAAACAACAUUUACAUGGAAGUAAGUUUGGGCCGUGCCAGAUUUUUUGGAGGUUUGUUUUUCAGUGCAAACAUUGAUAAGGCAUCAGUAAUGUGGGAAAUUUCCCACCUGAAUUGAUUUCCCACCAAAUCAUUUGUAGUCCUUAGUGUGGAGUAAUGGGGGAAAAUAAGAUACUUUGCUGGUUUCAACUAAUUCAGUGUGCUAGUGGAAGCCAGAACAAGCACUCCCACAUCCACAGGGGUUUCUCUCCCCCCCCCCAUCCGCAAAUCCACAAUGGAAGGGUGGGAGAACCCCAAAAACAGCACUGGGGGGGGGGAGAGAUCAUUCUGACUGGCAAAUAAAAAGGCUUGUGCUGACAGAAUGAUUAUAUCAGUGGUACGUUGGUACUGAUUAUAUCAGUGGUACUGCCUUUUCGAAAACAUGAAAAGGUUUGGAAAAAAAUGUGAAGACCAUUCAUCCCAGCUUCAAGUAAAUGCUGUUGCUUCACUGGAACCGAGGUCAGGUUCUUAAAAUACUCAUACGGAUAGAAAUAAAGGUAAAGGAUCCCUGACAGUUAAGUCCAGUCACGAACGGCUCUGGGGUUGCGGCGCUCAUCUCACUUUACUGGCCAAGGGAGCCGACGUUUGUCCGCAAACAGUUUUUCCGGGUCAUGUGGCCAGCAUGACUAAGCCGCUUCUGGCGAAACCAGAGCAGCACAUGGAAACGCCGUUUACCUUCCCGCCAGAGCGGUACCUAUUUAUCUACUUGCACUUUGACGUGCUUUCGAACUGCUAGAUUGGCAGGAGCAGGGACCGAGCAACGGGAGCUCAGCCCGUCGCGGGGAUUCGAACCACUGACCUUCCGAUUGGCAAGCCCUAGGCUCAGUGGUUUAGACCACAGCACCACUCACAUCCCAAUACUCGUGUGGAUACCCAGGGACAAAGCACACAUGUACAGCUGCUGUGUCUUCAUGUGCAUAUGUUUUAAUGAGAAGGACUGGGAUGAUAGAAGUGGGUGGUUCAUAUUUGAGGUGUCGCCUGUCAUUUUGUAUUUAGACAGUCACACUGAGGCACAGAGCAACUGUCCCUUUUUAAGGGUACUUGGAUUAUACUUCAAACGUUUUUACUAACAUAACUUAAAAGCUACUUUUAUGUGCAUUUUCUUAGGGAAAGUAUUGCUGGAUUCAGAACCACCUGACCUAGUAGAUCUGGAAGCCAGAGGCUUUGAAUAUAGUGUUGCCUGAAGCCUCCUGCUUUAAGGAUACACCUUGUUGUAAAAGAAGUUCCUUUAAAUAUGAGCGUGGUCUCAUCCCUGAAACUUGUUUUUAAUAUUGAGAGUUGGUCUUUGUAAAAUAGGGAAGGCAAGAGAGUCUCUGAGCUGGACCAGAUUAAAGGGAAUGGCUUUCUAGCCAGAGGGGAUGGCUUUAAGGCAGUCCAUUAGUUGCGGUAAUUAACAGCUGCAGUUUAUCCCAGAAAAUCACCAGUCCUUAGAUCACAUCUAAAAUUGGCAUCUUUGUUGCAUUUUUUUCCUCCUUCAGCAGGGCUCCUGUGCUUUAUUAACAGCUGCAUAAAGGAUAAAAACUCAGUAGGUGAAGGUUUUCCAUUCUACAUUUCCAUUCUGACAAAAAAAACAUUGUCCUGUUUAAUGUCUGUUUACCACAAAAGGCAUAGAGAAGCUGCUAAGCGGAGAAUAUGUGUCUUAAGAAUGAGUAUUCUUUAUCAUAGGCACCUUAAAAUUUUCUUUAUUUAUUAAAUUUGGAUCCAGGAAAUCUGCCAUUACAUACACUGUACGGUGUAACAGAAAUGCUGUCUCAUUCAGCCAAUGGCCACAUUUGAACAUCAAACUGAGCCAUCGUUUAGGGUGUUGUGAAUGAAUGUGGCCUCCCCUUGGGCUCGCACCCACACCCACAACUUCCUUGUCUUCUUACACAUCCAAGAGAAAAGGAGGAGUUCAGAAGCUUUCACUUUCAGUUCACAAUGUCAUCACAACUGAGGACUAUGAUUAAAAUUAACCGUGGUUAAUUUUAACAAGCCAGCUGCUGAAACCACAGUUUAAGUUGGGCUGUUGUUGUUAAUUAAGCAGAUGGAGACUUGGCAUGUUCGUAUCGUGUUAGGCCAUUGUUUUAACAUGAUGCCUGAACACAGUCAGUACUUUUGGACCUACACAAACCUCUUUAAUAGCAGUUGGAUGAUCUUUAACUACUCCCAUCAUUUUCAUCAUUACAAGAAAUCUGAUUUUGUUGUUGCACAAGAGGGUUUUGCACUUAGCAGAAACAUAGGCCAUUGCAGUCGUUCAUGAAAUGAACCCUUUGAGAGUUUGAGCAAAGUUUUAUAUUAAAUGUCAUCAACAGUAUUGCUAGGUGAAUGUUUCUUUACACUGAGUAUUUCUAGAUUACAGGUAUAAUCUCUUUCACUAUUUUGAUUCAUUAUAUAUUUAAGCACAGACAUUUCCUUACAGAAUUCAGAACCUGCAACGGCUAAGGCAGUGUCUACUUCAUUUCCCACUAGACAAAUAUUUGAUCAGAGUAGAGUCACCGUGACAAUUAAUUGAUGGCCAUUCCAAAUUCAUUAUUAGGCAAAUGAAGCUGUUCCUUUCGCACAAUGAUUUAUUUAUUUUUUGCUCAUGCUCCCUAUGCACCCUUCUCCAAACCCACUCUGGAAGGUUGAGGGGAAAGGUCAGAACAGAUUGGGGGGGGCAGUUAGAGGAGAUGGAGGCAGUGUAGCAUUGCACUGCCAGAAAUCCUGCAUAACAGAACUUCUUUGUUGGGUACUUCCCAAAGUGUUUAGCUUUGCUUGCUAAAUUAGAUCACUCUCUAGGGCACUUAUAAGAAAAUCAAGGCAAACUACCUCAUCCAAAUUGCCCUAUUUUUCUCAAUCCAUUCCCCCCCCCUUUAAAAUCCAUAUAAUUGUGCAGUGUGUCUUCAUACUAGAGCUGGUACCCUCAACGGCAUGACACUGUAUUUUUCUGGUGCCUUAUUUAUUUUAUUGCCAUCCUUUUUUGUAAAAUGCUUUGAGGCUUUUUCUACAAUUAAGGGGUAUUUCAAUUUCAUUAAAAUAAGUGAUGAGGAACCAGGAUGUAGAAGCUGGUAUGUUUCAGUAGUAAUAAGCUAAGAGUAGGCUUACGUUUCUGCGCUCUGCCUCUCAUCUAGUUAACCUGGUUAGUCCAAUAAAAGGCAACUCUGUUUCUGUUCAGAUUUCAAUUUUCUACUACCUGUUAAUGCUUCAGACUGUUGAUUACAUUUUAGUAUCAUUCUGGUAGGCUUCUCAAAUAUAUCCACAACCUUUAGCCUAGUAACCCAAACCAUCCGCUGAGUAUUAUUGCUAAUGUAAUAGUCUCUUUAAUUCUAAAUGCUCUGUUUCAGAAUACUGAAAUGUUUUCUCUAUAGGCCAUUGAAGCCUAUUACAGAAAAGUAAACGAAGUCCUGAAUGAAAUUGUGUGACUGUGAUUAAGAGCGUGUUAUUUUAAGGCGAGCGCAGCCGAUAAAAUGAAUGUGACAUUUUAUUAUGUGUAUAGUGUCACGAAAGCUUUGUCGCGGAGAGCUUUGUAUAGGCUUUUGUUUUAGCGCUAAUGCUUUUCCCCUUUUCCACACAGAUUAAGUACCUGAAGUACAAGUAGGAAACCAUUUUCUUAUGAGCAGCCCCAGUGGAGGCUGGUCCAUUUGGUGUGAAUGGGGCAAUGGGACGCACCAACCCAAAGGGCUUUUAGGGAAUCCAGCUUAGCCUGAGGAAGGUGCGAGGAUUGCUGGCGCGUAUCUCAGUCUUCCCUCAACCCCUUAUUUCCAAACAGAGCAGAGGUUGGCACUGCUUGCCAGCUUCCUUCUCCUGGGCCUCAGCAUUGCCCUUGUAGAACCGAGUGGGGAGGAGGGGAGGGUGGAAAACAAAACUAGAACUGGCUCUCUUUGUCUGUCAGUGGCUCUGGAUCCACCUGGAUCCCUACCAGUCACCAAUGGGACCCAGCCAGCACUGCCAUUUAUUUUACAUACGAGUAAAUGGCCUCAAAAUGACUGUCUUAGUUAAGGAUGGUAGCCUACCAACAUGGUGCCUGGUGGCAUUCAACAUUAUGUUGCAGUCACAUGUUCAGGGAUCCCAGAGAUUUGCAAAGCGGCAAUGCAACAUGUGAUCACAACACCUUUAAAAACAAUCACAUUUCAAUCUGUCUUGCAUUCAUCUAAAUAGAGUAACGACUGGGGUAUUUCUGAAGAGAGUUCUGCACUUACAAACACCUUAUGAGCCCUUCAAAGCCGUUCCUUUACUAAAUUUGGAUUUUUUUUCUUUUUUAAGUCAUAAAAGCCUACCUUAUGUAAGCCUAAUAAUGCUUACAAAAGUUUCUCGUACAGCUUGGUAAGAUCUCUCUUAGCACUUGCUUCUGCCGCCUCUCUCGCCAUCAGUACUGCCUAAGCUUUGAACUUUCAAUAUGAUCUGAUUAGAAGUAGACUCUCAUAGACAGUGCAGGAAAUGAGUAGGCUGGCUUGUUGACUGCAGCUGGUAACACAAGAGAGGCUCUUGCUAAGGAAAGGUGAAUGACAGUCAAGAGCCAAACUUACUUCCAAUGUUUCAUUCAGGUAUAGCAACAUCACUAUGUCAGCAUAGCAUCUCCUUCCCCUCCCUUUGCCAGUCCAUUAGAUGGGAUUUAGUCAAGACUGACUGUUCUGUCUCUCCCCCCCCCCAUUCCUGAGAAUUAUGAGAUAAUUUUGUUCCUGUGUCCAUUCAUUUUUUAAUUAAGUUGUUAAGAGACACAGGGUUUUGGGUGGCCAUGUGAACUCAUAUAUGAACUCAUGCUACAGCAGAGGCCUGUGCACUUGUCCGUCUCCUUUUUCAGUGUGGAUAAUUGCGACGUGCUGAGUGGAAGAAUCUUUAAUUUAUUAAGAUUUCACAAUUCAUAUGCCAUCUAGGACACAGGGGAGACUUAAAUUUUCUCCCUGGUGCUGGUGAUGAAAGUAGAAGGUGCUGCCAAAAGAGCUGCACCAGUGUAAGAUUUCAACGACCAGAUACUCUUGUUGUUUGUUUAUAGCACCCAGUGAAGUCAUCCUGCUCCCAUAAGAACGUCCACUUAAACAGCAGAAUUCCUGCAGCCCUGCAGGCUCACCAAAUCUGUUCUGAGGAUUGCCUCAGGUUUCCAGAGUGGAUUUGCAGAGAAACAUGGGAGACAUACCUCUUGAAUUGUCUGCAUAUAAAUCCAUAACUCAUGUCAUAAUGGAGAUGAGACCCAAAAGAUGUGAAUUCUUGGUUGGUGAAAGUCCUACACUCAAAGACCUUUGAGCAUCGUCUUACAGUCAGGAGCAAUGAAGGCAGAGGGAAGCAGAUCCUCCGCACCCCUUCUUGCUUCCAUGCUUCUUCCUAUGCACUCUUUCGCGCAUGCUAACACACAGAAUACAGAGCCCCUCAGAGUGUGCUGCUGGUGACUCUCCCUUCUUUUUGCUCCUUCAGCUUCUGUAUGGAUUGGGAAUUGGAAUUAGGGCAGGGAAGUCUCUGUUAUCCUCAGGGCACUUGCACCCCAAGGGCUUAUUUUAGUUCAGCUAUUCGUUGAAGGUUGGUUAUACAUAAAAUCAUGCUUAGGCUGGCUUGUGCCCAGCAUGUACUGAAGCCUGAGAAUCUAAUUGGAAAUGAGAAGGUGCAAAAUAAUAAAGAUUGCAUCUUUAUUAAUUUUUCCCCACCACAGUAAAUUGCCAUGAUCCCUUUGGUCCACUAUUUCCCAGCAUUUUUUCCAAACAGCUCAGCAUGUGGUAGAGGUACUUGUGCUACACAGUCGCUUUGGGCUAUAUGAAAAACACGCAGUGUGAUUUAUCAAAUUUGCUGAUGUUUGUCACAUCAUUCUUUUGUAUUUCAGUUUUAUUAAAGUUUGCCAGAAGCUGUAAUAGAUGCUAGCAGUGCAGGCCAAACAGUGGGUAAUCCUCUAAGGAUUCAAUCCAAGCCUCUGUUUGAUUUGUAAAGCUGGCUUUUGAGCAUAGGUGCACCACAUGUUCUCCAAACCGACAACAUAUUGCCUGUGGCAAAAUUUGAAUUGUACAUCUGAAGCCGUACUGAGCCCCUGUGUUUAUCACUGCCAUGGUGUUUCAACGUCUUAUAUUUUUUAAGGCUCUGAGGCAGAGAUUCAAACUGUGAGUUUGAUUUCUCCUUUUAGCCCUUCUUUUGUGCUUUUCUGGUCAUGGGUUUUAUUUUCAUUUUAGAUAGCUUCAGCGAUGAAGUGAGUUUUGUCUGGAACACUGUGCAUUAAGUUGUCCAGGUUGCCCUAAGUUGCGCUAACAGAGGCAGACACCGUGACAUUGGAAUUCAGGCACACCAAACUAGUCAAGUUCACACUUACUAAGCAAGUGUUUCCACAGGACACUCUAGCAGAAGAACAUAAGAAGAACCUGCUGAAUCAGACCAAUGGUCCAUCUAUUCCACCAUCCUGUUCUCACAAUAGUCCUCUUGAUGCCUGUGGGAAACUUGCAAAGUGGACAUAACUCAGCCCACCUGCCACUCCCAGUGACUGGUACUCAGGGGCAUACUGCCUAUUGCUAGGACUUUAAAAUUAUUAAUUGGUCUAGAACUGCAUAGGGGUGAUAGCAUACAAACAGCCAGCGACUCCCCAAACUUGUGGGUGAGUGGAAUAGGGGACGCAUCACCUGGACCACUAGCUGGUCCAGCUAGUGACAGACAAGUGUAGUAUAGGGCAUUUUAUUAUUUAGCAAGAAAAUAAAUAAAUGAUGAGCAUCCUUCUCACCCAGAAAGAGUUUAAACACUUACAAGUAGAAGAAGACAUUUGUCACCUCUGGAGGUGGGAAUUCAACCUCACAGCAGGUAGCUGUGGGUUCUCCUCCUUGCUCUUGUCAACUUCUCUUGUCUUGUACAAAUCAUGACAUUAAACUUCAAUCUCUGAUUGGUCAGGGACCUCUAAAUGGGCAUCGCCCCUUUCCUGGAGGGGUGUGUGUUAAUAAUUAAUUCAAUUUUUGCAACAACAAAAAACCCUGACUGUUCCUCGUUUUCUGUCCUACUGCCUUGUUGAUUCAUCUCUGAUCUCCGGACAUCUCUUGGUUUCCCCCUAAAAAUAGGUACUUAUUCUGAAUAGUGUUCCCUGAUAUGCCGACUUUUCUUGCCUUCCAAUUUCAGUUCUGCAUUCUGUGUUCCCAUCCUGUUAUCCUUAACAUCUGUACCCCAAAUGUACUACAUGAUGAUGAUUGAUUAAAUUCAUUAGUCACUUUUUUUUGCCACAGCAGUGCAAAGCGACUUAACAAUAUUUUAAGCAAAAAAACCAGCAUUAUAUUUCCCCCUCUUGAAAUCCUUUUCCUAUGUAUAAGAUACUGUCAGCAUAUGUUUAUAUACUGAAACGUGUUUUUGCUGAAAUGGUAAAUCUAAAACUCCCAACACACUGUCAGUGGAGGUAGAGCAGAGCCAUCACAGCUAGUAGCUGUUGAGAGCCAGGUCCUCCAUAAAUUUGUAUAAUCCUCUUAAAGCCAGCCAUGUUGGUGGCCCUCGUUGCCUGCUGAGGGAGCAAGUUCCAUAGUUGCUGCCUGGAGAAGAAGCUCUUUAUCUGUCCUGACUCUUCUGACAUUCAGCUUCAUUGGAUGUUCCUGAGUUCUAGUGUUAUGAGAGCGGGGGGGGGAGAAAACUUUAAUUUAUCCACUUUAAGCACACCAUACAUAAUUUUAUACCCCUCUAUCUUAUCUCCUCUUAUUCACCUUCUUUCCUAAACUGAAAAUCCUCGAAUAUUGUAACCUUCUCUCCUUGGGGAGUUGUUCAAGCCCUUGGUUGCUCUUUUCUGAACCUUUUCCAACUCUACCAUAUCCUCUUUGAGGCAAGGCAACUGUACACCGUAUUCCAAAUGCAGAAUUAUAAUAUUGUCAGUUUUAGUUUCAGUUCCUUUCCUAAUUACAGCUAUUGCACACUGGGUCGGCAUCUUCAUUCAAGCAAUCUGCUAUUACCUUGAAGGUCUCAUUCCUCGUCACUUACCGCCAGAUCAGAGCCCCAUGUGAAAUUAAGAUACAGUGAGACCUCGGGUUAAGUACUUAAUUCAUUCCGGAGGUCCGUUCUUAACCUGAAACUGUUCUUAGCCUGAAGCACCACUUUAGCUAAUGGGGCCUCCCGCUGCCACCGCGCCGCCGGAGCACGAUUUCUGUUCUCAUCCUGAAGCAAAGAUCUUAACCCGAGGUACUAUUUCUGGGUUAGCGGAGUCUGUAACCUGAAGCAUAUGUAACCCGAGGUACCACUGUAUUUUUUUUACCCCAACGUGCAUCACCCUACCCUGUUUACAUUGAACUGCACUUGCCAUUUUACCACCAAUUCAUUCAGUUUUGGAGGGGUCCUUCUGGAGUUAUUCAAACUCUCUUUUUGUUUUAAUGACACUGAACAAUUUUGUAUCAUCAGCAAACGGGGCCACUUCACUGCACACCCCUAAACCUACGAUAUAUCAUUUAUGAACUAAUUAAAAACACAGGUCCCAGUACCAAUUUCUUGGGGAACUCCAUGUUUGCAUUUCUCUCCAUCUGGAAAACUGAUCACUUAUUUCUCUCUGCUUACUUCUGCUUAACCCAUUUCUGAUCCACAAGACGAGCUUUCCUCUUAUUCCAUGACUGCUAAGCUUACUCAGGAGUCUUUAGUGAGGUACUUUGCUGAAAGCUGUUUGAAAGUCAAAGUAUGUCAUUUGGCUCAACUCAAGCUAUAUGCGUGUUGACACUGUCAAAUACCUAAUAGAUUUGUGAAACAAGAUUUGACCUUGCAGAAGCCAUGCUAACUCUACUUCAGCAAGUCUUGUUCUUCUAAUGCUUGUUUAUUUUUGUAUCUUUAACAAUACCAUCCUAAAGGUAAAGGCAAAGACCAUUAGGUCCAGUCGUGACCGACUCUAGGGUUGCGUGCUCACACUCAUCUCGCUCUAUAGGCCGAGGGAGCCAGCGUUUGUCCGCAGACAGCUUCUGGGUCAUGUGGCCAGCAUGACUAAGCCGCUUCUGGCGAACCAGAGCAGCACAUGGAAAUGCCGUUUACCGUCCCGCUGGAGUGGUACCUAUUUAUCUACUUGCACUUUGACGUGCUUUUGAACUGCUAGGUUGGCAGGAGCAGGGACCAAACAAUGGGGGCUCACCCCAUCACAGGGAUUCGAACCGCCAACCUUCUGAUCGGCAAGUCCUGGGCUCUGUGGUUUCACCCACAGCGCCACCCACGUCCCUAAUACCAUCCUAAUACCAUCCUAUGUCAAUACUAAACCUUGAUCACCAGAGGGUCACCAUUAUCCUCAUUGUAACAGGCAUUUCUGAUGGAGUAGUUUACACUGAUUAGUGAGUCUGAUCUUAUCAUAGCAUAUGUAAUUCUAAAAGGAUUGUGUUAUUACCUUGCUUUCGUUAUAGAAAUAAUGCAAAAUAAAUGCAACUGCUGUUAAUGAAAAUAUAAGCUUUGGAGACAAAUUACAUGAAAUCCUAAAUAAAGAUUUAAGUAUUGAAAUUGAAGAGGCAGGCCUUUCAAAUUUUCCACUCUAGUUAAUAUGAUUUCUUCAGGUAAAUUAGCUUGAAGCGUUAAGAACAUCCCUGUUUUACUACAAAUCAUUAUUUCAAUUUGAUGCAAAAUGUCAUGGAGAUUUCUAGUUUCAAGAUCACAUAUUAAUAUGACUCAGUAGAAAUGUACACAGUAAGCUUUGUGCUUUCUGGUGUUUUCAAAUUCAAUUAUAAUCAAACAGCCCUAAAAAGAGACUUCUUUCCUAGUGUAGAUUUUUAUUACCAAAUGUGAAAGAUUCUUAUGAUUCAAAGAAUACAAACGCGAAAUUUUACUUGAAAUAAAAUGUUUCCUAGUGUUAGUAGGGCAGCCUUUCCUCUCGGUUUGCAUAUCUGCUUGGCAGGAGUGGUUGGUAAUUGGGGCACAGAUAAUAAUGACUUGCUUCUAGCAGGCAGCUAUGCUAACAGGAAGUGAGGGAUGAAAUGUGAGAAACCUGAGGAACUUCCUGCAAGGCCUCAGGAACUCUUGAAAUGGUUCAGAGCAACCUUCUCCAACCUUGUUCCCUCGCUUGGUGAAUCAUUCUCAUUGUGCAAUUAUUUGGCUGAAUGUCACCCAGUACCUCACAAAAUAUUGCCUCUGAAGGUGAAGAUUUCGUUUAACUGUACUUCAUACCAUCCUUUCUAUUCCUUCCCGGGUGGCUCCUUCUGUAGCCAAAAGCACAAGCCAUACACAAGAGCAAGGUACAGAAGUGCAGAAAAACUUGAGAAAACAAAUUAGGAAGGUAAACACACAGAAAGCCCAGCAAGGACAUAACAUGCUCAAUGGUCAUGGAAUGUUGCCUGGCUUUGAGGAAAAAACAAUGUACAUAUCACAUCUGUUAAAAAAGAAUGGCUGGAAUGUAUUACGGCAGUAACAACACAAACAUUUGAAUGUACGACGGCAUCAGAAAAGUGACGUACAGAAGUAGUUCGCUGCUGACUGCUAAAUUCUGAUAUCCUGCCAUGGUACUCUUUGAGGUACAAGGACAGGCAGUGCCAGGGUGGAUCUACACAGAGGGGGAAAACCCCGCUAUAAAUAAGUCAGAAAUUAAUUCGUUAUAACAAAAGAAAAAAAGUUAUGUGAAAAUUGCAUAGAAAUUUUAUUUUGCUCUCUGGCGCUUUCUGGUGUUGCAUGUUUAUAAUAUAUCCAAAGCUUUUUUCUUUUUCUUUUUUUACUAAUGUAGCUGAGUUCCCAGAGUGAAAAGUAGGCACAAACAUUGUCCUUGCUUUCGAUCCAUAUUAUAUCAUGGCAGACAUAAAUUUAUUUUGGAUAUUUUAACUGAUGAAGAGAGACAUUUUCAAUACUGUUCCAAAUGUAUUUUAUUGUCUUACAGGACAAAGUGGAUCUUGGCGAGUUGAUGUUUUCACUUUGCUAUCUUCCAACUGCUGGUAGACUAACUAUUACUAUAAUAAAAGCUAGAAAUUUGAAGGCCAUGGACAUAACAGGAGCAUCAGGUAGGAAUGUUUUUUCAUUCCAGUUUUAAUGUACUAUUUAGAAAGUAAUCAUACAAGUUUAGCAUAUGCCCAUCCUAGCAUACUCUUUCCUUUGCAGUAGUUUGCUGGAGGGGGAAAGUACACUUGCUCCUGAACCGUUUCAUCAGUAUUUUUCUGUACCGAGGUAGUGGAAUAUCCUAGAGGCACAUUCCUUGCAAAAAUGUGCAAGGGGUCUGCAGUGAUCCUCUUUUAAAACAUUGUCAGCAGUACUUUGUUACACAAUUAAUCAAAAGUAUAGCCAGGCAUCAGGGAUAAAAUAACUCUGCAGAGUAGAAAUACAUCCCAAACCAACCUGAAAUUGCAGGUAAGACACGCUCUCCACCCAUUACCAAACUACAUGGCUGUUUUAACUGGGGUAGAAAAACCACCCCAGUUUAUUUCCAAUGCUUCUUGCAAGCAGUUGAGUUGGAGGGGCCACACACUGUCAUCAUAUGUACUGAAGAAGGGGAAAACUGUGAUUCUGCCAUCCACUUUGCACCAUGAUACGGUGGUCAACAGAGGGCAGAAAAACUAGACGUCAUCCUGCAGUACAGUGCCACUACUGGUUUUGAUCAUCUCAUUUUGGGUUGUAGGUGUGGCAUAUUUUAUUGCAUAUUUCUAGUCCUUUAACAAAUUCUGUAUUUCAAAUCAACCCUAGUUUUUAAAUGGAGAUCCUAUUGGGGUAUAAAUCUUCCCCCAUGAAUGAUUAGUGUCAUCUAAGACACAACGGAGAGCGAGGUUAUUAACUGUAGAACAUUACUUUUAUUUAAAAUACAGAUGACAAGAUUAUAAGGAAAAGGUAUCAGAGAAACAAAUUUGGUGUGUUAUUGCUUAAAACUUGUGAUUAUUUUGAAAUAAACCAGUAUGUUUGUUAUGUCCUUCACACAGAUCCCUACGUGAAGGUUUCACUAAUGUGUGAAGGGAGACGAUUGAAGAAGAGGAAGACUUCCACUAAGAGGAACACCCUUAAUCCUGUUUAUAAUGAAGCCAUAGUCUUUGAUGUCCCUCCAGAAAACAUUGACCAAAUUAACUUGUUUAUAGCCGUUAUGGAUUAUGACCGGUGAGAUAUCUGGACGUCUCUUCAGACUAGUGACCUAAUUGAAUCAAAUGACAGUAGUUGGUUUUGUCUUCUCACUGAGACCUCUUUAAACUGCCAGAGAGGAGAAACAAGAUCUCCCUUUGACAAAAGAGCUGGGGAUGAAUGAAUGGCAGCAGGGAAAUGGAUUUGGGUGGAUUUAGAAUGAGUGAUGGACAGAGAGUGUAGGCAGUGCCGGAUUUACUUAUAAGCUAAACAAGCUAUAGCUUAGUGCCCCACUUUCUUGGGGGCCCCCAAAAAAAAUUAAAGGAAAAAAACACUUGGAUGUACAUUUCCAAAAUAUAAUAUACUUCUUCUUAAUUGUAUUUCAGUUCAACAAUUACUUUGAUAAAAUACAUAUUUUGUUAUGUGCAAAUGGCUUUAGAUACCUAUUAGGGCCAUAAAUUAGCAUAUAGCAUAUAUUCAACACAAAAAACAUCAACAAUUUGUUGUUGACAAAGGAUAGCUGGACAUAUAAAGGGCCCCAUUACCUUCAGUAGCUUAGGGCCUCAUCAAACCUAAAUCCGGCCCUGAGUGUAGGUUGGGAAAAGACCAUGUGGCUGUGAAAGUUAGAGAGAACAAAGAAGAUGUGGGAUGAGGGAGAUAUUGAAUUAUAUAUUUAAAAGAAUUAGGAUAGCUUAAGAUAGCCAUGCUAAGUCGGGAAACUGGAACUGUUCAGAUUCUGUAUAUAAAGACUGCUUGUUCUGCAUGUUAUGUUCCUUAAAUCACAUCUGGGUGGAUUCCCAGAUAAAUAUGUUUCAUCCCAUGCAUUUGGUGUAUGCCAGUAGGUGAUGGCAGCAGGUAUUUUGAGAGAGAUCCGGACUCAGUACAGCAGCUGUGGAACUGACUUUAGUGACCAUUUGGAGGUAGACCCUUGUGAGGGACUGCCGGGAGUGUCACACUCCCCAACUCCUCCUUUACUGGAGUACUUAAAAAUAUUGGAGUUACGGACCAGUUAAAAUAGGUGAUAGCCUAAGAACUUGUACACAUCAUAGGCUGUACUCUGGAUCUGCUCAUUGGUGAGAUUUCCAAGGCUUUGUGGACUGGAAAAUCAGUUAACAUUGGGCAAGUCAUCUUUCUCCUCCUUUGCCUCAGUUUGUGUGUGCUUUUUGCCUCAUGUGAUGGGGAACCUUCCUGGUAGGCUGGAGGUAUGAUAUCUUUAAUGGCACCUCCAGGCUAGGGAUACCCAGAACCCAGUAUAGAUCUAGAUGCAGUAGCAAGGGAGAGGUGUAGGCUAGCACACACAUAAUAUUCCUUUCUGGCUUCACCCAACAGAAGCUGCUUUGGUGGGUCCACACUGCCAACAUGUUCCCUAGAAUUAGUGAAAAUGUUGCGAGUAUGAACAGUAAAUGGGACUUUUAAAAUGUCAUUAUACCUUUACAUGGGUCUCCGCCUGCUCUAAUUUAUAUACAAGAAGUAAACUUCCAUUCCCUGAAGACCAAAAUACACAUGCCGCUAAAUAGGUAUAUGCCUCUCACGUGAAGGUUUUUUUAAAACAACAACAACUGUAAAUUGCAUCAGCUAAGGGAGGGUGAUAAUUAAUGGGAUCAGAACAAACAGGGGUGUGGGUGUGUUUAUUUAACCCUUUCCUCCCCUGAUAUGGAGUGAGGAAUUUUCUGUGCAAAUUUCCUCUUCAUGCUUGCUCAGAUCCCAUUAGCAUUAAGUGCAAAAAAGAUACAUUUAAAGCCAUGUCAACUUGAGUCCUUAGAUGUGUUUCCAAAUGCUCACCCUUGCUCAGAGAGGGUUUGAAUUACACGGUUCCUGGAUGUGAAAUUUUAAGAAAUAAAUAUUAUUGAACAUUUUCACAGUGUAGGUCACAAUGAGGUCAUUGGAGUCUGUCAAGUAGGCAACGAUGCGGAAAGCCUUGGGCGAGACCACUGGAAUGAAAUGCUCUCCUACCCUCGGAAGCCCAUCGCUCACUGGCAUUUGCUUGCAGAGGUAAGACUCCUUCACCUGACACACUGCCUUUUCUAUUAUGCUAGAAGCUCUUAAAAUGACCCUAGUGCUGGAGAAAACACCUUUCCCCCCCUCUUCAAACAAGAAUCCAUAUGCUUAGACUAAAUCCUUUUAAGACACAUCGGAAUCCGGAAGCUUAAAGCAAGACUGAUGUAGAGAUCAAGCGAAAUCUGAUCCUGAGAGAUUUUAUUUUUAGUGCAAUGUGAAAAUACUUCCAACUUAAAGGUAAAUCCAUAUAUCAUGCAUAUGUGGAUUUUUAUAAUAUCUAAAACUUUGGGUACAUACACUAGUACAUCCUUGUGUACUGGAUUACGUCUGUCUUUUACAGAUGGUGGUGUCCACUGGAUUACACAUAUGAAGAAACCACUAACAGGGUUUAUGGUUAUGUUUAUAUACAAGACAGAAAUAAUGAUUUAUUAUCUGGUAAUAAUGUAAGUCCACAGCAGUGUCCAGAGGGAUCUCAAAUUAUGUUGGAAUUAAAAAUGUCCUCAGAGUUCAGGACAUGCAGUCGAAAGCUCUCCUCAAGUUACAAUUAGAUUCCUGUGUUUCUUUUGUCUUCAUUUAGGGCCCUAUUCCACAGAAAUGUUAUGCGGGCCUUCUGCGCAUGGAUGGCUGCCGAAGAGGCUUCCUCACUCUUUUAACCUAUUCAGCAGAAAUUUGGCAUUCCUGUUGAACCCUUUCUUAGCCAUUUUCUCAGGGGCCAUUCCGCAGAGUGUCCAAAGGGGUAAAGACAUCCCUUCAAUUCCAUUAUUUAACCCUCACCCGCUUUCCCAACCCCAGAAUACAUUAAUCCCAAACCACAAGAUGCAAAACUUCUGUUUGUUAGAUGGAAAUGUACUUUUGUUUCUGAAGCUUUCUGUAGUUUUGAUUCUAACAUAGAUACCCAUGUCUAUCUGUAACACCCAUAUUGUCAUCUAUACUCCUUAAAUGAAUUGCAUUGUUAGUCGUGUUGUUUCAACCCACAUAAUGCAUUUUUUGAGAUGCAUGGAAAAUAAAACAUUUUAUUAUGAUAAGUAUUGUCAUAGGUGGAAAAAAAUGGAAUUCAUUUGUUUUACAUACCUAACCCCACUUUAUAUACCUAACCCCAUUAGGUCAGUGGUCAAACUAUUAGUAGACAGUUUUUGUUUUCAUAAUGUAUGGAUUACAAUACAAUAGUGAUACGGAAGUUCCAGUAAGUUGUGUGUCAUAUCCCUUUUAACCAUCAGUGGCAACUGCCCCCACAAAACCGAGAGAGCAGUACUGUGCCUUUGUGAUUGACUGCACCAUAGAUUUAAAAAAUAACACAGGGGCUUACUACACUACCCAAAACCGAAAGAGAAUGUGUCUCAAGGUUCUGAAGAAAUAUAUAAUUGUGUGUUUGUGUGUCUUAUUAAUUUUAAAAUGUAGUUGUACAGUAGGAAAAAAUAAGGGGGGAAAUCAUUAAAGUACAAUUGAACAAAGACAGAUCUCAUAUCGUUUUUUCUGUAGAACAAGAUAGAUAGAUGAGGUAUAAGACCAGGAUGCAGAAUUCAGAAGAAAAACAGGAACCUUCACAGACACUUUCCAAAAAUCAGGAUCAUGUGGAGCAGAGGGCUGGAACCCUUUGGAGGUGGAAUUACUAAAAGUCAGAAAUGGAAACCACACAUUUGUAAACACGUCCGGUGUAGCUUGGCCUUUGAGCACAUUUCAGAACAGCCCAACGUGUUUUGGCCAAUGACUGUUUAAAGGUCUUCUUCAAGGGCUACAAAAACAUAAUAAUACACCACAUGAAUAAAAAAUGGAGUGCAUAUUGAAGCUAGAGACUUUGGUGACACGUGGGCUUAAAGAAGUAUUGGAUUUCCUUCCACACUUGGAGACAUGCCCCUGGGGUUGUUGUUGUUUUUUUUUGCACUGUCAUGUUUAGAAAUGAAAGUCCUUGAUAUUUUUAUCACAAAUUAACAACACCUGUGUGUGAUUCAUUUGAAAAUACGCCAUUUGCUGCCUUCAGACAACAAUUCCAGUUGCCAGUUAAUGUGAGCAGAGAUAUGGGCAGGCCAUUUGUCAAUUUAAGUAAGUAUACAUAGGCUCAUACACAAUUUGUAUAUGUUCUUACAGCCCCUGAAGAAGUCGUCACUUGUUGUGUGGAACCUAUGGCCCUCCAGGUGUUACUGAACCAGAACUCCCAUCAGCCCCGGCAAGCACGGGCAAUGGCUAGGCAUGAUGGGGGUUGUAGUUCAACAGCAUCUGGAAGGCCAAAGGUUCUCCAUACCUUUGUAGGCCGAAAACACUUUGGGCUGUUGCGAAAAUAAAAUCCAUACAUUUCUUCAACGUCUUGAGAAACACUCUCUUUUGGUUUUGGGUUCAUUUUGGAUUCUCUCCACUUUUUGCAUUUCUUUUUCACUACAGUACAACAAAACUACAAGCUACUCCCACCCAUAGCAUUUUGAGAAUUUGGGUCUUGUGGAAUGAGUCAUGCACUGAGUAGUUUUGACAAUUGGAAACCACCCAAGUACAAUUAAAGAAACAAAUAUAAGAGUUAGAUUAAAAAGAAUAGAUAACAAUAUUAGGCCUAUUCUAGUGAUUUAAAAACAUUUGGUGAGAAAGCCUGUGGACUUCACUCUUCUCCAGGCACGCGUUCAAAUUGAAAGCAAAUAAAGUAGGUUUGUGGUACGGCCAGACUUGUUGAUUUUAUGACAUGGUAGUCUUUUAGCAAGUUUUGCUAUUUAGAUUACAAUUUGUUUGGCCUAAUUCAAAUUUGUUAUAUUUGCUUUGCAGCUCUGAUCCUAAAUGGUUUGAAAAAUCUGAGCCCCCGGUCAUCUCCCUUUGGGGAAGGCCGAAUAAACUGUAGUCCAAUUAGCAAAUCUUGGAGAGAGACUUUCAACACAGCAGCAACACCUCAUCUGGAGAAAAACAAACAAACAAACAAACAAACCACUAAAGCACUUUUUACAUGGUAUGCAGAGAUUGUUAUAAACCAAAAUGUGAAAUGACUAUCACACCCUUAAUGGAAAAUACGUAGACCAAUACAUCUUUGUUACCUUUCUUGAGGGUGAGGAGUUGGGUAUUUUUGUCAAUCUGAAAAGCCAGUGCAUAGAAUGUUCAAUAUUAAUAAUGGGCAUCACUAAGUAAAAAAGAAAAAUCAAAAAUACAGUUGUAAGCCACAGUCAUUCUGCUAUCAGGAGCACUGUCUAGUAAUUAAAAAACUUAGAUGAAACAUUUAUAUUCUGUUUGUGAAUCCAUAUUAAGUUGUCAAAUAACUGUUCCAAGUUUGUAGAAUAAAUCAUUUCCAUAAGUAUCACUUAAUCUUGUCCUGCUAACCAUAUAUACUUCAAGUUGGCAUCUGCAAUGUAUUAUUAUUUAAAUCUUGCAUAGUAAUAUAAUAGAAUUCGGAUUUUUGGGUUGGGUUCAAUUCGGCCUUCCUUUUCAGAUUGGACCAAAACAGUCCUGGGAUGUUGGGGAUCUGGGGAUCUGUAUGUUUCUUGCUUUCUGGCAUGGGUACAACUGUGCAUGCUUGCAAAAGCAUCCAAGUCUGAAACAUGAAUUACUCCAAGCCUUUCCUAUCACCUACUGUUGCCUUGUUUUCUUUGGUAAAAAUGCCAACAGCAGAAGAGUUUGUAGCUCUUUCCUAGCCCACUACCUUCCUGAUGGUAUCAUGAGGAUUUCCACACAGCACACGUGAAGCCGCAUACUCCAAAUUAGUACAUUUUAAUGAAGCCCCUUCUAAAACAGGAAUAGUUAAGAACAAUAAAAGCAGUAAGAUUUGCAAAUUAAUUUUACUCCCAUCGUUUCCUCUAGCUAUAUAUUUUUUCCUGAUAAGAGAAGAAAAUAAUGGCAAUUAUAGAAAAUUCAAAGUUUCCAAUAUGAUACUGGACAAGGUUCAAAGUUCUUGCAUGCACAGAAUGAGGACUGAUCACAGAAUGGGACUUUCCCCCUUCUCCUCACCCCCAUGGACCUCCUAAAUUUGCUCUGGAGGAUUGAGGAACCUCCAGAACAAUAUUAGGGCACAGGGGAGGAGAUGGGGGGCAGUCCCACUGUGUGAGCUGGCCUCAUUCCCCACUUGUCUACCCCACUUAGCACCACCUUGAAUUCCACCCAUUGGAUGGAAUUAGAUAUCUAUGCAAUUGGUUCCUUUUACAGCAGGCCAUAUGAAAUACAGAAACUGUAACAGAUUAUGCUGAAAUGCAUUGCAGUUUAAAGCAAACUAAAGGAGCAUUUUUUGUUAUGCCAUAUUCAGGCGCAGAAUCUAGGAUCAUAAGUCACAGAUACAUUUUUUAAAAGAUGAAUUCAUGCAUCAUGUAGCCCCCUCAUAGCCCUCAAGUACAGAACAGACUAUAUCCAUCCUGUGACAGUUUCACAUAUAUGGAAUGGGUCUGUGUAUCAUUUACAUAUAGGUGUUUGCUUUCUUUUAAGGGAACCCUAAUAAAUAUAUAUGUGCUUACAAGGUAGUCAGAUGGCUUCUUUCUUUCUUUUUUAACAUUUUACAGCUCCCGAGAGCAGGAAGCAAGUCCCUCGUGGCCACACAGGUAAAAAUGUUUACACAGAAAAAGAUAGCUGGGGGCAGCCAACUUUUUCUAUGUACAACUCCCCAGGAAGGGACUGCAUGGUAUGGUGUACAGUCACUUCUUGGGAGCAUUUUUAAAGACUUUUUAACCUGCACAGCCACAGUGGACUUAAUAGCUGAUCAAAGCAGCUGUAAAAGGUUUAAAAAGAAAGAAGGCAGCCCUCAGACCAUCUUGUAAGAACUGUUGCCAUAUCCAGGUGUGUAUCAGUUUGUAGAUUAUAUGGACAAUUACAUAGAUCUACAUUCUAAUCGACACAAGGGCUGGGGGGGGGUUUAUGGAAUGGUUAGGUUUGCUUUUAAAAAUCCAUAGCGAAUAAAGUUCCUCUCACCUUCCUGCUCCACCAUUUUUGAUGAACAUCUCAUUUUGGGAAUUUUCUGGCUCCCUCUGCUGCUACAUGUCAAAUUCCCAGGUGGAAAUACAGAACGCUUCUCCCUGUUGGGAUUACUUGAGAGGUAUAUUCAUUGUUCUUUGCAGAAGUAUUAACUGAAUGUGAGGACUAUAGUCACAGAAUUAAGCUGCACGGAGUGUCCCAUAAUAAUUAGCAUUGGUAAAUAUUACUUGAGCUUGUCCUCACACCUGGGAUCUCAGCCUACUUCCAUGUUAAAUUUAACGUUGACAUUAAUCAUGGAACGGUUUGGGACCCAAGACAGGAGUUCAGCCUUCAAAUCCUUUUUUUCCAUUUGCUGUGAGCAUGCAUAAAAGUCCUUAAAAGAGGGAUGAAUCAUGCCAUCAUUGAAAGCACUGGAGAUUAUAGCAGCACUUCUGAAAUAUUAGAGGGUAGGGAGAGACGGCAAGCCUACCUAAACUGCAGGAAACCAGGCUAAAGGAAUCAGUGGGAUACUUAUUUUGGAACUAUCUUUUUCUCAGUGCUCAGUAUUCAGGAACACUUAGAAGUACAGCCUUUUUAAUAUAUAUUUAUUAUGGCUAAUGAAUGGGGAAGGGAGAAAAGUUAAAAGUAGGCAUAACUUAAAUUGGACCAAAGCAGCCAGAAACGUCCUGAGUUAUCACAGUGUUCUUUCGUUCUGUCAAGAGCAAUGUACUAUAAAAUGACUGUACCUCAGAGUAAAAUUGGAAAAAUAAUGGCAGUGGUAUUCAUAAGGAAAGAAUUCUGCCAUAAAGUCCAUUUAAAAAAAAAUAAUAAUAGCUGCUUCUGUGAAAAACCACAACAGAAUAAUACUACAUACAAAAAAAAAAAGGGAAAGGGAGAGCAUUAACGUCUACUCUACUUUUGUUCCCCCCGUCAUUAAUAGUUGCUUCCUUCUUCAUAAUUGUGUUUUAUAGUGCACACACACAAAAAAAAACAGUUGAAAGAAAUAAGAUGUGCCAAACUGAGGUGUGAUAUUAAUGGAACUAUGCAUUCCGUGUGGUAUAUCUUCAAGCAUUGCAUUAAAAGGUUGUUUCUAAUACAGUGGGUUGGGCAAGGAACUGCAGCUGGAAGCAAGCCUGGGUCCUGCAAUUCUCUCAAAGGGCCUCCAUCUCCGUGAAGGGAAAUGAACUGUGUACAUCUAAAGGACUGUGAUGGGGCCGCACUCAAGAAGGAUGGGCAACAUGGAUGCACACCUCCACUGCUAAAUAAGCUAACAAAAACGACGCAGACAAGGCACGUAGAGAAGAUGGACUGUAAGCAUCCGGGCUCUUUUUUCCCUCUGUUUGUUUUCCAUUUCCUCACUGUUUCUGUUUUCCUUUGGCCGCUGCAGAGUGAAUACAGGUGGCUAACAAAUGGAAACACGCCACGGUGUGCUUGUAGCUGCUUGGAAAGCUGGCUGGCUUUCUCAUCUUGCCAGAUCAGGAGGCCUGUACCACCACACCUGAUCUGAGGAGGAGGGAGUGGUAGAAACCAUUGUGACGACAGCGCUCCUCAGGCAUUCUGCAUAGUCGUGAUGCACACACUUUGCUUCAUCACUUUCCACAUGAUGAUUUAAACAAGUGGGGAACCUCCAUGGAUAGAAGUAACUACCUGGCUCAUAAAUACAACAUCCAAUUCACCUUUGUGUGAACCACUAAAGAGGGCUGAUGUGGGAGGGUGAAACACAGCUAGCUUACUAAGUGGUUACAAGCACACCAGGAUGCAAAUCAGUGAUGGGGAGCCCUCAGCCUUCCAGAUGAUGUUGGGUGCCCAACUUCCAUCAUGCUCAAGGAUUGUGGGAGUUGUAGUCCAGCAAAAUCUGGAGGGCCUCGGGUUCUCCACCCCUGGUGCCCAGGCACGUGACUUGGUAAACAGUAAUUUGUAUUCACCGAUAAUUAUCUCUCAAAUUUGCAAUGUUUUGUUUGGUUGCAUGCUGGAUAGUCCUCCUCAUUUUUUUUUUCUUCUUAUUUUAGGCUCAUCACGAAAGUAUGUAAAGAGAUCUGUUGUAUUUAAAUAUGACUUUGCUUUGAUGACACACAGACAUUGUACUAUACUUUUAAUAUUUGUUGUUCAAUGAGUAGUCCUGGUACAUCUAUGUUCAGUGUCUAAUUUGGAGCGUAAACCCACAUCCUUGUCAAGGCUUUGUUAGUUUGGUGGACUUUUUUUCUCUUCGUUCGGUAGAGGUAAUGCAUGAUUGAUUUGCAGUAACAGUUUGAGGGGCG